AAGUCAGUCUAGUGCCAGACUUUCACAGAGGACCCCGUCGCAAAAGCCUUGCAAGGCAGGGGAGGAAGACCUGCAGAGCUGUGGCACCUGGCAGCCAUGGCCACGGCUAAUAUGAAGUUACUACUCUUUCUAGUCGUUUGGAUAACACUCGCGUCUUGUGCGAGUAGCCAAGGUGGAGUAGGCUUUGGAAUUAAACGCGAAAUCUUCUUCCUGAACCUCGAAGAUGGAUACUUCGGGUGCCAGGUCAACGAGUCAACCACGGUGCUGCAGCUUUUUGAGCUGUCGCACUUGUGCGACGGGACUCCAAAUUGCUUCAUGGGCUCUGACGAGCUGAGCAAGGAGCUCAAAUGCACAAGCGACUGUAAGUCAGAGAAGGGAAUUGAGUGCCAGAACGGAGCGUGCCUUGAUUCCCAGUGCCACUGCAACGAUGGCUACGGCGGUUGCAGCUGUGAAGUACCUGACGAGAACGAGUGCAAGUACCGUCCUUGUGACGUGUUUGCCCAUUGUACAAACACUUUGGGCAGCUUCCACUGCACUUGUUUCCCAGGGUACAAGGGCGACGGCUUCCACUGCGAAGACAUCAACGAAUGUGAUGACCCCGCAGUGGCAGCAAGAUGCGUCGCCAACGCAGAGUGCUGCAACUUGCCAGCGCACUUCCUUUGUCGGUGCCUCCCUGGUUUCGAGGGUGACGGAGAAGCCUCCUGCACAGACAUCGACGAGUGCGCUCGGCCAAACGCCUGUGGUCUCAACGCCCUGUGCCAAAACACGCCGGGAAACUACACUUGCGCGUGUCCAGAAGGAUUCCAGGGCAACCCUUAUGAUGGGUGCGUGGACGUGGACGAGUGCAAGAGCAGGAGAGCGUGCGGCAAGGGUGCGAGCUGCGUCAACGAACUCGGAGGAUACCGGUGCGAGUGUCCUCUGGGUUCCGAGAUGGACGCCCGGUCAGGCGAGUGCAGAGACAUGGACGAGUGCGCCCGUAACCCUUGUGGACGGGACGCCUUGUGUUCAAACGUGCCAGGCAGUUUCAAGUGCACCUGCCCGCCGGGAUUCAAAGGAGACCCACUUGUGGCUUGCGGAGACGUAGACGAGUGUGCGACCAAGCCCUGCGGAAAAGGUGCUGAAUGCACCAAUACAGCUGGUGGAUACAAAUGCUCCUGUCCAGCGGGUUACUCAGGGGUGCCGGAAAAAGAGUGUCUGGACAUCAACGAGUGUGGCCGUCCAAACUCUUGCGGCGUCAACGCCAAGUGCAUCAACCAGCCUGGUUCCUACCAGUGCGUCUGUCCAGACGGAUUUACCGGACAGGGCCACUUGUUCUGCGAAAACGUGAAUGAAUGCAAGGAUAGGCCGUGUGGAGCCAAUGCUAUCUGCUCUGACACCAUCGGUAGCUACACCUGCACCUGCAAAGAAGACUUCACUGGAGACCCGUACAAAGGAUGUGUUGAUAUUGAUGAGUGCCAAGUGUACGACCGACCUUGUGGCUCGAACGCAGUGUGCGAGAAUGCGUCGCCAGGCUACAACUGCCUGUGCCCGCAGGGCUACACGGCAAAGCCGAGCCCUGAUGUGGCCUGCGAGCAAGUGGACGUCAACAUCCUUUGCCAGAGCAAUUUUGACUGCGUCAACAACGCCGAGUGCGUCGAAAGCCAAUGUUUCUGCAGAGAAGGGUUUGUGGCUCAGGGCGCCAUCUGCGUCGACAUCAACGAGUGCGCCACCAACCCUUGCGGACCCUUUGCCAGCUGCUCAAACACCCUUGGUGGAUACCACUGUGAAUGUGAAGCUGGAUAUGUUGGGGCGCCGCCAAGAAUGCAGUGCAAGGCGCCAUGUGACGAUGUCAAGUGCGGACAACACGCUUUCUGCAAACCGGACGGACAAGAGGCUUAUUGCAUUUGUGAAGAGGGAUGGACCUACAACCCUAGUGACAUUGGUGCUGGAUGUAUUGAUAUUAAUGAGUGCGACAAAGCUCAUGGUCCUAAUGGAAGAUGUGGUGCCAACGCUGUCUGUUCAAACUUACCAGGCACCUACAAAUGCGAAUGUGCUGCUGGAUUCACAGCAACUGGCUCAAAUCAGUGUAUUGAUAUUGAUGAAUGUGCUUCUGGUGCUCUUUGCGGAGAAAAUGCUGUGUGUGUCAACAAAGUGGGCAGCUACAGCUGCGAGUGCCCUGAAGGUACCAUUCCAGAUCCUGAUCCUAAGGUUAGAUGCGUUGGCGUGGUUACCUGCAAGGUUGAUGACGACUGCCCUGGUAAUGCAAUUUGCGACCAUCUACAUAGAUGUCUUUGCCCUGAGCCCAAUGUAGGAGAUGAUUGUAGACAUCCUUGUGAACAAGCAUUCUGUGGCCCCAAUGCCCAGUGCAAUUUGGUCAACGGACAAGCCAAGUGCUUCUGCAGCUCAGGUUACACCGGCACAAAUGCUGGAGGUGUUCACAGCUGUGUGGACAUUGACGAGUGCGCCGCCAACCCCUGUCCAUCGGGGGCCAUUUGCAACAAUGAACCAGGCAGCUACUCUUGCCAAUGCCCUGGUGGCAUGUCUGGCGAUCCAUACAGAGGCGGAUGUUUGAAGGUUGCUGAGAAGUCGCCUCCCACCUGCGGGCCCAAGAGUCCUUGCCCUGCUGGAGAACAGUGUGUCAGAGACGAGUUUGUCGGAAGCAGCGUUUGCAUCUGCCAGCGAGGGUACGCAAGAGACUCGACAACUGGCAAGUGCAAGGACGUCAACGAGUGCUUGGUUCAGGGUGGACAACCCUCUUGUGGACUGAAUGCUAUCUGCAAAAAUCUGCCUGGUGCUUACGAGUGCUAUUGCCCGCCUGGAUUCAACGGAAACCCUUACUCGCUUUGUGAAGAAUGCAGCUCAUUGGAGUGCCAGUGCAGACCUCCGUAUCAAGUUGUUGGAGGUCAGUGCGUUCUUUCUGGCUGUUCGAAAUCUGAACCUUGUCCAGCGGGGGCUGAAUGCAUCACCAUUGCCGGCGGAGUCAGCUAUUGUGCUUGUCCAAAGGGAUUCAAACCUUUGGUUGGAGGAACUUGUGAAGAUGUAAAUGAGUGUUUGGAGGGCCGCCAAGUUUGUGGCUUCGGAGCCGAAUGUAUUAACAGGAAAGGCUCCUAUGAGUGUGUUUGCCCUCAAGGAUACAGCGGAGACGCAUACAAUGGAGUUUGCUCACCUGACCAGGUCAGGUGUCGUGCUGAUUCGGACUGUUCUGCCAACGAAAAAUGCAUCCAACCUGGAAUUUGUCUUUGCCCACCUCCCUUCUUCACCGAUGGCAACCAGUGCAAGAGUCCUUGUCAGAGGUACCCUUGCGGUAUGAAUGCCAAGUGCACACCUUCAAACCCGCCAAAGUGCAUGUGCGAGGCAGGAUUCACUGGCAACCCUGUGCAAGGCUGCGUCGAUGUUGAUGAAUGUCGAGACAAUCCUUGCGCCUACGGUGCCCACUGCCUGAACGAGAAGGGAGGCUUCAAGUGCGUCUGCGCCAAGGGCAUGACUGGAGACCCAUACAGAGGAGGCUGCAUUGGACAGGCGUCGCCAAAGGGAGAGUGUGCGAGGAACACAGAUUGUGCUGGGCCUCUUGUUUGCGAACAAGGCGCCUGCAUCAACCCUUGCACUUCUCUGCCUUGUGGACCCAACGCUUAUUGUGAACCUGAAAACCACGCUGCCUGGUGUAGAUGUGCUGUUGGAUUCAAAGAGGCUGCCAAUGGAGCUUGCGUUUCAAUGUGUGAAGGAGUUUCCUGUGGUCGUGACGCUCAGUGCAUUCCAACAUCCGAGGGCCCCACUUGCAAAUGUAUUGACGGUCUUGCUGGAAAUCCAUUUGCUGGAGGUGCUUGCACUCCUGACGUUUGCUCAGCUGCCAAUCCGUGCCGAGAACCUGCUGUUUGUAUUGGUGGACGUUGCAAGAGUCGCUGUGAAGGCGUUGUUUGCGGAAUUGGAGCAUCUUGCAAUCCAAACACAAACAAGUGUGUUUGCGAUCCAUUCUUUGUUGGCAACCCAGAUCUGCUCUGCAUGCCUCCAAUUGUGCCUCCUGUUUGUGAUCCUGGUUGCGGAACUAAUGCCCACUGCGAAUACGGAAUCAGCAAUCGAUGCGUUUGUAAUGCUGGAUUCAACGGAAAUCCAUAUUCAGGCUGUGGUACCCAGGAAAAAUCUUGUAGUACAUCUGCUUGUGGCAAGGGUGCUCAAUGCAGACAGUCCAUCACUGGAGUUGAAUGCACAUGCCCUGCUGGUUUUACUGGAAAUCCUUACGUCGGUUGCAGCGAUGUUGACGAGUGUUUGGGCACCGCCUGCGGAAACAACGCCGUCUGCAUCAACACUAUUGGUGCUUUCGACUGCCGCUGCAAGGAUGGCUUUGCUGGAAAUCCUUUCCACGUUUGUCUGCCUGCUGAUGAGAGAAGAUGCGCCGACCCUUCGACCUGCCCUUGUGGAGCUGAUGCUCCUUGUCCUGCUGGACUCAAGUGUGUCAAGGGCAGAUGUAAAGACCCUUGUCAAGGAAUCACCUGCGGAACUCACGCCAUCUGUGAUGCUGGAAAGUGUCUUUGUCCCCAGGGCACAACUGGAAACCCCAAGGAGAGUUGCACACCAACUGGCCAGUGCCGAAACGACCUCGACUGCGCCCUUAGUGAAAUCUGCUUCCAACUGGGCAAGGGCAGGAGGAAGUGUGUGGAUGCCUGCACGAAACUGCAGUGUGGUCCCAACGCCCUUUGCAUCUCUGAUAACCACAGGUCUUCGUGCAUUUGCCUAGAAGGAUAUCUAGGAAAUCCGAGUGACCUUGCUGUUGGUUGUCAGCCUCAGAUUGCAUCACCCAAGAGCCAGUGCAACAAGGACAGUGAAUGUCCAGGAGAUCUUGUCUGCCUGGUUGCUCCUGAUGGUUUCAAGGCCUGUGGGAAUCCCUGCCAGAGUGUGGCAUGUGGAGACCACGAAGUCUGCAAAAUCCAAGGAGGCCUUCCUGUUUGCGCGUGUCGUGACGGAUUUGUGUGGAAUCCUGUUUCCUCCGUUUGCGAGACACCAUCUAUUCCUGACUGCACUUCAGACAACGAAUGCAAUGUCCAAGACGCUUGCAGACCCGAUGCCUUGGGUGUUCUCAAGUGCACACCUGUCUGCUUGGCCUUCACCUGUCCUCAGAAUGCUGCCUGCUAUGCUGAUCAACACCAAGGACAGUGCCAGUGUCUGCCUGGCUUCACUGGAAACCCGAAUGACCGCAACGGAUGCAAACCAUCUUUCAAGAACCAAUGCUCCACGGACGCUCAGUGCCCGGAGUCUGAAGCCUGCAGAGAGAUCGACGGCAUUCUCGGUUGCUACCCUGCUUGUCUGGGUGUCCAGUGUGGCCCUCAGUCUGUCUGCGUUGUCAACAACCAUGUGGCUCGUUGCCAGUGUCCACCUGGAUUGUUUGCUGGAAACCCGAACGACCCUACCUCUGGCUGCAAGAAGGUGCCCUGCGUCUACAACGUGGAUUGCCCAACUCACCAACUUUGCAACAGGCAGGAUCACACUUGCUAUGACGUUUGUGACACAGAGUCUUGCGGAGACAACUCAAUUUGCAUUGCCGAAAACCACAAGGCGCAGUGCCAAUGUCCACCUGGCUAUAGAGGAAAUCCUCUGCCUGAAAUUGAGUGCGUUCCUAGUGGCGUUUGUGACCCAAAUCCUUGCCACCAGUCUGCAAUUUGCGAACCCUCAGGAGAUGGACACAUUUGCAAAUGCCCUUCAGGACAUGUCGGAGAUCCACUCACCACAGGUUGCCAUCCUGAAGGCCUUUGUCCAGGCGGAGACAAGGACUGUCCGCCUGACUCAGUUUGUCUCGGAGGAAGGUGCACAAGCCCUUGUGAUGGUGCUUGCGGACCAAAUACACUCUGCAGCAUUAAGAACAGGAAGCCCAUUUGCACAUGCCCUGCUAAAUUUGUACCGCAUCCAUCUCCCGAUCAAGGAUGCGUCCGAGUUGUUGUUGGGUGUUCUAGCGAUGCUGAUUGCCUUGGAGAUGUUUGCAUCAAGGGACAAUGUGUUGUCGCUUGCCGAAACAACGAAGACUGCUCUCAAGGAGAGAGGUGUGCCAACAAAAUGUGCAUGCUUCCUUGUGCCACUCACUCACAAUGCCUUGAUCGACAAGCUUGUGUUGGAGGAGUUUGCAUGCUCGGCUGUCGAAGCAAUAGGGACUGCCCUCAGGAACAAGCUUGCGUCAACAACAAAUGCCAAGAUCCAUGCCAACAAGAGGGAUCUUGUGGACCAAAUGCCAUUUGCAAAGUUACCAACCACAACAUCAACUGUGACUGUCCCAGCGGCUUCAAGGCUAUCUCUCACGCUCAACAAGGCUGUCUGCGUGAGGUUGGAAUUUGCACCUCGACUGCUCAAUGUCCCAAAGGCUACACCUGCCAAGGUGGCGCCUGUAUGUUGGGCUGUUCUGACAAUGCAGGUUGCGCCUUUGGUGAGAGAUGUGACAACGGAAUGUGCUACAAGGUGUGCUAUGGACACAGCAACUGUCUUGCUGGAGAAGUGUGCAUCGAUGGAAUUUGCCAGCUUGGUUGCCGAGGAGAUGGCGAUUGCCACCCUACAGAAGUCUGCAUUGGAAACACUUGCAGGUGCGGAGCUGGAUUUAUUGCCAGUCCAACUGGCUGUCUGGACGUCAACGAGUGUGCUGAAAAUCCUUGCCAUCCGACUGCUGAGUGCCACAACAUUCCUGGCUCAUACAAGUGCAUCUGCCCUGCAGGCACUGUUGGCGAUCCUUUUGUCAACCCUGGUUGCACCGCUCCCAAUGAGUGUGAAUCUGACCAGGCCUGCUCUGAGAACUUGGCCUGCGUGGGCGCUGCUGGUAUUUUGAAGUGCGCAGACCCAUGUGGAAGCACUCUUUGUGGACCAAAUGCCAUUUGCACUGUAUAUGACCACCGUCCUGUUUGCUCAUGUCCUGGUGGACACUUGGGUGAUCCCAACGAGCUUGCUAUUGGCUGCUACAAAGUUGAAUGCUUGGACAACGAUGAAUGCUCUGACGACAAUGCUUGCGACACCAUCAGCAACAAGUGCAUACAUCCUUGUGAUUUUGUCAACUGUGGCCGUGGUACUUGCAAAGCCACCAAACAUCAAGGAAUUUGCACAUGCUUUGAAGGAUACGGAAUUGUUGACGGAAAGUGUGUUGAUAUCAAUGAGUGCUUGGCCAAGCCCUGUCAUUCAACAGCUGCUUGCAAAAACAUUCCUGGCAGCUUUGAAUGUCUGUGCAAGCCUGGUCUUGUUGGAGACCCAACAGCCACUGGCACAGGUUGCAAACGACCUGGUGAGUGCCUUACAGACACUGACUGCCCACUCACAGCCACUUGCAUUGAAAACACCUGCCGCAGUCCUUGUGACUCAGCUAAGUUUGCUUGCGGCAGAGGAGCAGAGUGUCUGCCCACUCAAGACCACAAGGCUGUGUGCCGUUGCCCUGCUCAGACCAGGGGCAACCCUGCCAUCGAAUGCGUCCAGCUCGAGUGUGAGACGUCUGAUGACUGCGCAAACACCAAGGCUUGUCUUGACGGAAAGUGUGUUGACCCUUGUGCCCUACCCAACGCUUGUGGAGCGAGUGCCCAGUGUUUGGCUGCCAAUCACGUUGCUGUUUGCGCUUGCCAACCUGGAUACACUGGAGACCCACAUUUGGGAUGUGUGCCUGUUCAGUACUGCGCUGGAGAUUUCCAGUGCUCGGCAGGAACCAAGUGCGCUGCUGGAAUUUGCUCAUCUGAGUGUUUGAGUGGUCGAGACUGCUUUGGAGACCAACUUUGCAUUCAAGGAGUCUGCCAGCCCACUUGCCGCUCCAAUGACACCUGCCCGCAGUUCCAGUUCUGCCAGAACAACAUUUGUGUGCAACAAGUGGCCUGCAGCGUGGACACCGACUGUAACAACAACGAAAAAUGCAUUGUGAAUUCCAUCGGCCAGCACGAGUGUGUGGACGCAUGUUCUGGCGCUCUCUGCGGUCGAAAUGCCGGAUGUUCUGCCAGAGAUCACCAGGCCCUUUGCACAUGUCUUAAGGGCCACUUUGGAAAUCCAGCUGUUGGCUGCCAGAAGAUUGAGUGCACCAAGGACACCGACUGCGCUAAGGACAAGAUGUGUGAAGGCCAAACCUGCAAGAUUCCGUGCCUGGUGUUCAACCCUUGCAAACAGAACGCACUUUGCUCAGUUGAAAACCACAAGCAGAUUUGCAAUUGCCAGCCCGGCUUCACUGGUGACGCCUUCACUGGCUGCACCAUGAUCAACUUCUGCGCCCAGAACCCGUGUGGUCCGGGAGCCAACUGUGAAAACAUCCAUGGAACCUUCAAAUGUCACUGUCCGGCUGGAACUGUUGGCGACGCUUACAAUUCCGGCUGCGUUUCGCCAGUAGAGUGCCAGAGGGACGAAGACUGUCCUACGUCUGCUCAGUGUACCAACGAAAGAGGAGAGCCCAAGUGCAGAGAUGCUUGCGAAAGCACCCUCUGUGGGCCUAAUGCUGAUUGUACAGCCAAGGGUCACGCAGGACUCUGCAUUUGCCGAUCUGGAUAUGAAGGAAAUCCCAAUGACAUCACAGUUGGUUGCAGACCAAAGGCUGUUGCUUGCUCUGCUAACUCCGAAUGUCCAUCGGGCACCUAUUGCUAUGGAGAUAUUUGCAGAUUGCCCUGUGGAUCUGACAAUGAGUGCGGUUUGAGUGAGGCUUGCAUUCAGGGACAGUGCGACAACCCAUGCAACAGACCUAAUGCAUGUGGAAUGAAUGCUCAAUGCACAUGCUCAAACCAUGUGAAGCAAUGUAGCUGUCCACCUGGAUUUACUGGCAACCAUGAAGUUGAAUGUGUCAGAAUCCCUGUGGCUUGUGAUGCAAGCAGCGGAUGCAAUGAUGGAAACUCUUGUCGUGAUGGAAUGUGUCUUCCUUUCUGUCUAACUGACGGAGAAUGUGCUCUGAAUGAGAAGUGUCUCAAAGGAAACUGCAUUUUGACCUGCCGAGUAGACAACGACUGCUUCUUGGGCCACAUUUGCCUUAACAACAUGUGCCUGUUUGGCUGCCGUGGAAAUGAGGACUGCAGUGCCAGCGAGUCUUGUAGAGGAAACCGCUGUGUGGAUCCUUGUUCAGAGUCUGUCUGUGGCCCGAACGCAGGCUGCUCCGUCGUUAACCAGCGAGCCAUCUGCACUUGCCAGGCUGACUUCAUUCCCAACCCUAGUCCGCAAAUUGCGUGCGCUAGAAGGCCAAUUCCUUGCACCCAGAACAGCGGGUGUCCAGAUGGGUCAAGCUGCGUAGGAGAUGUUUGCAAGCCAGUCUGUUUUGCUGACUCAAACUGCCUCAGCAAUGAGAGGUGCAGCGAGGGAGUUUGCAAACCGCUCUGCCGAAAGGCUGACGAUUGCCGAAGUGGAGAAAUUUGCGAUGGUCUAGUUUGUGUUGCUGGUUGCUACAGUGACAAUGAAUGUCCGUCAAACAGGGCUUGUGUCAACAACAAAUGCUUAAAUCUUUGUGAUUCACCAACGGCUUGUGGAACAAACGCUGGCUGCACAAUGGUCAACCAUCAAAAGCAAUGUGUGUGCCCAACUCCGCUGGUCGGAGAUGCUUUCGCAGCUUGCAGACAUGUCACCACUGUUUGCGGACAGGAUGCUGAAUGCGGAAGUGGACAAAUUUGCUAUGGAGGACUUUGCCACUCAUCUUGUCAAUCUGACAGCAAUUGUUUGGCUGAUGAAAGGUGCGUUGGAAGUGUCUGCAAAGCUGUUUGUAACAGUGAUGCCAUGUGCGGACCUCAACAGAUUUGCGAGAGCAGACUUUGCGUUAUUGGUUGCAGGAGUGACACUGUUUGCCCAGGCAGCCAAGCUUGCAUCAACAAAGAAUGCAGAGAUCCUUGUGCUGGAGCUACAACUUGCGGUCUGUGCGCUGAAUGCAAAGUGGUCAAUCACGGAGUUCAGUGCAGUUGUCCUAACUCCUUCCUUGGCAACCCUCUUGUUUCAUGCAACAAGCCAGUCAAGAGGUGCUCAAGCUCUGCGGAGUGCGCCUACCUCGGAUCCACCUGCGAGGAAGGUUUCUGCACAAAACGCUGCUCAGGCACUCAGGAUUGUGACUGCGGAGAGACCUGUGCUGCUGACGGACGCUGCAGAGCGAUUUGCAGCAACGACCAGGGCUGUGCUCAAGGCCAGCUCUGCAAAAACCGUGUCUGCACUUUGGGCUGCCGCUACAACAACGACUGUCCCAAUGACCGUUCCUGCAUCAAUGGCCAGUGCGGCUCUCCUUGUGAGCAGGGCAGAACGCCUUGCGGAAAGAACGCUUUAUGCAAAGCUUCUGAGCACAGAGCUGUUUGUCUUUGUCCUGACGGAUUUGCUGGUGAGCCGAGUCGAGAGUGCACUCAAUUGGAGUGCAGAAGAGACGCUGACUGCGAGUCGGACAAGAAAUGCGUCCAGAGGAAAUGCAGAAAUCCCUGCCUGGAGCCUGGCAGCUGCGGAACCAAUGCCCAGUGCAGAGUGGUCAACCGACUGGCGCAGUGCUCUUGCCCACCUGGUUUCUAUGGCAACCCUACCAUUGAGUGUAAGUUGGACGCCGACGAGUGCUUGAAGAACCCUUGCGGAGAAAAUGCUAAAUGCAGGGAUGUAAUCAACGGAUACGAAUGCACUUGUCUGGCCGGAUGCGUUGGCGAUCCACACAGUGGUUGCGUCUGCGAAGAGCGACAGAUCGAUCUGUGCAGUACUGUCAGGUGCGGCUUCAACUCGAGGUGCCGAAUUUCCACCAGUGGAUCACCCGAGUGUCACUGCCCUGCUGAAUUCCCUCUGGGAGAUCCAAGCACAGGAUGUCACGCUGGGCCUAUUGCUGACUGCCGACUUGACGGUUGCGGCGCUGGCGCCAACUGCAUCCAAGAAGGUGCUCAGUUUGUGUGCCGCUGCCCCGCUGGAACUACAGGACGCCCCGAAAUUGAAUGCAGACAAGAGAGCCAGUGCUCGAGUGACCACGAGUGUCCCAACGACAAGGCGUGCAUCGGCUCGCAGUGUCUCGACCCGUGCAGCUUGCGCGGCUCCUGCGGCGAAAACGCCCUCUGCAGGGUCAUCCUCCACCGACCCCGCUGCUCUUGUCCAGAGUGCUACCUCGGGUCGCCCCACACCUCUUGCCAACCGGAUCCUCAAUGUCUCAGCACCUCACCGAGACCGAACCAACCUUACCUGCCGUGUCUGUCCAACCUGGACUGUCCGGUUCACCUGGCCUGCAAUCGUCUGACCGCCGAGUGCCAAGAUCCGUGCUCAUCGGCUGAAGCUUCGGGCUGCGACCUCAACAAGAGAUGCGAAGUGCGAAACCACCGGCCCAUCUGCGUCUGCAAAUCUGGUUUUUACGUCAGCGAGACGGGUGAGAUCGCCUGCGCCCCAGGACGCUCGCAGUGCGUGUCGGACGACCAGUGUCCGUCGAACGCGGCGUGCAUCACCGGAGCCUGCCAGAGUCCGUGUGCCCACAGCCCCUGCGAGCAGGGCAAGACCUGCGAGGUGGUCGAACACAAACCGGUCUGCAUCUGCACCGAAGACUGCCACCCGUCGUUGUUCAUCUGCCUCCGGGACAGAGGCUGUCCGCCUCAUUUGGCCUGCAAGGGCUACCAGUGCGUGAACCCUUGCACCAAUUUCACUUGCCCCGAAGGCACGCCUUGCUACGUCGAGGAGCACCAGCCCGUUUGCAAGUUCUGUCCGCCAGGAUUCUCAGUCGACGCCAAGCACGGCUGCGUCAAAGCACCAACAACACAAUUACCAACACCACAAGCACCACCGUUCAAUCAAUCACUGAUACCUAGGUGUAAUAUGGACGGUGAUUGUUCAGAACAACACGUGUGUCUACACGGAACCUGUAGAGACCCAUGUACAGUCAACCCAGAACCAUGCUCUUCUCCCCAUCUAACAUGCGUUGUCCGUUCGCGCAAACCUAUGUGUCAAUGCAAAUCCGGUCAUGAGCCCCAAUGUCUUGAAAUACAAAAGUCAGUUAAUUCAACCGAUAAUAUUUUGCCAAAGCCUGGUGAUGAAAAAAUAUAUUUCCCCACCGAGACCCCUGUUCAAUUUGAUACCGUCGAAAGUGAUGACAAAAUUAUUUUCCCCACUGAAAAACCAGAACAGUUAACUGAAAACCCUGAUAAUUCCCAAUACACUACCACCGGUGACGUGGAUACAGGGAAAACUAUUGCUAGUGAUUUAGAAACAAGCACGUUUUAUGACAUAACGGAAUCGGUUCCAGAUUUUUCAUCCACUAUUAGUACUACAAAAGUAACUAAUAUUGAUCAUUUUGAAACCACUUAUAAUUCAAACAAAAUUACAACCAGUUCAGACCAGAGUAUUUUGCCUGCUGUUGAAACAACAACGUAUUACAAGCCCGAUAUUUUAAUCACUAACUCACCGUCUCAAAAUCAAAGCGAAAUUUCACAAGAGCCUGUUGAAACUGAUUACGAUUACGCUGACCCUGACGUUGAGGUUGAUUUGUCCAAUGAAAUUAAAACACCUUUCCAUACAAGCACAGAAACUUACAACCCACUAAAAGAAACAGAAGUUAAAGAAAUAACAACGAAAGCCAAAACAACAGAUAGCUUUACAUCUACUCGAGGAAUUGUGGAGACAACUACAUUUUCGCGUGACAAAAAUUACAAAACAGAUUUUCCUGAAAACGAUGAGUCCACUAGAUACAGUACGACUUCUUCUACUGUAACUAAAGUUUUCAAUGAAGUAACAAGUGGUUCCUCUUUAAAUUAUCCAACUGUAGAGUCACUCACAGAAGCUGCCAAUUAUGUCACUUUAAAUCAAAAUUCAGAAGACACAGCGACGCAGACGUUUGCCCCAUCAACCCGUGGUUACGAUGUUACUAACAAUGAAUUAGAAAUUACAAGUUUAAAACCGAUUUCAACUACACAAGUCUCCAAAAAUUCAGAUCGUGUCAAAGUGACAACAGAAUAUUCAAAUGAUUUCGUUGAAACAACUGUUAAAUUACUUACAACCCUCAGUCCUUCUAGUAGUCAAUCCCAAGAAGCAAUCAACAUAAAAAUAUCAACACUUCCUGAAUCAAUUUCUGUAAGUAGUAAAACGACUCAAACCUCCGCAGAUCAAUUUGAUAAUUUGCCAACAACGGAAAACUUAGAUAUUGUAUCAGAAUACACUAAGAGUGACUUACAAAAAACCACAAACAGCCGUCCCACUAGCACUAUGGCAACUGUUAAUAAAAAUAAAAAUACGCCACAAACAAAUGACUAUUCAACUGAAUUUGCAAACCAACCUGACAGUCCCACAACUAAGAUGCCCUUGAAUGACAUUUCUUAUACUGAAUUUUUCACUUCUGUUCCAAUAGAAAUAGAAUUUGAACAACAAUUUACGAGUGACAAAAUGCCCAUUAUACCCGAGGAUAAUUCCGAAACACCUUUUAGCAUGACAUUUGAGGAUUCAACAGAGAAUGUUUUUGAAAAUACUGGUAUUAAAUCAUCGACGGAAACCAAUAGCAUACCCACUUUGAGUUUUGAAAUAACUAAAAACGAUUCUGCAUUACCAUCUUCAAAUCCUCCAGAAAUGAUCACCACGACUGUAAAAUCAAAGACAGAUCAAUUCGUUUCAACCGAGACCAGCCCAGUGCUCUCUGACAUAGUAACUGAAACACAAACACUGAUUUACACAAACGGUUUUCAACUGAACAUGACCACGGAUCAAAUCAAGGCAGUUGAUGAGGUUGAAACGACUACUCCUAAUGAAAUUAAUCCUCAUAACAGCUCGAAUAAUUUUUUAAAUACUGAAAGUGCUGAAGUAAAUACGUUUUCGUCCCUUGAAAAUGAUACUCAGCCCUCAACCAAUGCCUACUCAUUUGCUAAAGACACGACCAAAACUGAAUCAACGACUCAUUCAACCACAAUAACAGAUCAUAAAUUGUCUAGUGAAAAUAAAACUGAUCAUGCUUUAGAACAAAUUCAAACAACCACUAUCACUCCUCCUGACAUUAAUUAUAGCGUUUACCACACUACAGUUGGCUCAAAAAUAGAAACAAGCAGUGAGAAAACGAAGGAUUUACAUAUUGUAACCGAGACCGUACUUAGCCAAAACACUACAGAAGUAAUUCAAGACAAUGAACAAUCUACGGUCAAUUCACACAUUAUGAAAACUGAAUCAUUUGAGACCACCACUACCAAGCAGACAAUUACGAGUUCUAAUGUCAAAGGCAAUUCUCAAAAUACAGACCCUAACGAUAGCAGUACAGAUAGUUAUGAAAAGUCUUUUGAAACUACUUCUUUUAACGAUUAUACUUCGUCAAUUUCACACGAUGAAAUUUCAGAUAAACAAAGUACAAUUUCAGUUUUUGAUUUGACAGAAAAAAGUACGCCUACAGAAGAAGUAACACAAUCGGGCAAACCUGCAGAGAUUUCGGAAUCAAGUACAUUCUCCGCCAAGCGUGAUACGACUAUUUAUAGGUACAUAGAUAAAAUAGAAGAUACUGAUUUCACCACUCCAAGUAGUUCAAAAACACAGAGCACACUGGUAGAUUUAAGUAGCCAAACAACUGAACAUAGCAGUACAUCAGCUUUUGAGAUUUCAAAAAAUACAAAUUCGAUGGAUGAAAUCACAACUGUUACAUAUCAUUACUCAACCGAUCGAAACACUAAAGAUGCAGAGAAUUCAACAGAAUUAAGCCCGUUCACGACUAGCUCUUCUAGUACUACUGUAACAGAUGCCCACACUCGCAGGGUUGAUUCAGAAACAGAGAUUAUGUCCUCCACUCGUCCUGAUUUGACGACCAUUUCAAAUUUACAAACUGAACCUGCUUUGAAAAAUCAUUCUGAAAACGCGGAAAGUUAUUUUACAACUACUAUUUCAACUCAAAAUUCGAGUGACGAAAACAAAACGGAAUCUAGCUAUUUACCAACUGUUAUUACAGAUAGAAAAACAACCGACUUUACAACAGAAAAAAUAUUUACUGAAACUGAUAAAAUUAUUCAAUACACUACUCCAGUUUCUACUUCUUUGUCUGCUUUUGAUGAAAUUACCACUGAAAACGCGAUUAAAUCAGGUCCCGAUGUGCCCACUACUUACGUUACGAAUAAUUAUGAUAUUACGACAGACGUUUCGAACAAUAUUGAUGAUUUAAAAACAGAAACUAAUUUACCACCCAAAGAGUACACGCACACAACCUUCAGUGAAUUCAAAUCAUCCUCUGUGACGACGCAGAAAUCUUUUAUAGAUGAAAAUCAAACUUCAACUUUUUUGAAUUUCGGUACUGAAAGCUCAUUUACAAAUGAAGGUCUAAAUGAUGACAAUUCUGCCGCUUCAACAACAACCUCAAAACCAAUUACAGAAUCUGAGAGCCCUGACAAAAUUACGACUAUGUUUUCAACGCAAUCGGGCAAAAUUGAUGUUACAAAUCCGGAGACAAUAAUAACCAGCACAGAAAAUUACAAAACUUCUAGUGAUGAUAAUACGUCGAAAAACUCGACUGAGAGAAUUUCCAUAUCAACUCAAUCAAACGAGUUUACAUAUUCCCGAACUGAAAUAACAAACAGUCAAACAUUAGGAAUCGAUGAAAGUACUAUGAAAUCAAACCCUAGCAUAAUUCCCUUUGAUGAAUCAACUAUAAAAGAUUUCGCCUCUCUACCAACUGAGAAGGAUAAUUUCCCUUCAACAUUGAAAUAUGAAGAGUUGAGAACCACGCAAACAAUAUCUUACCUAGAAUCUACUACAGGCCACCCGGGUGUUGAAACAACCAAAUAUUUUUCUAGCACUGCUAAAUCUGUGAUCGAUCCCCAAAAUACUAAAGAAACUUUAUCUGAUUCGCUAACUGGCGCUUUUAGUACAACUGCAAAUUAUGACCAGGAAUUUCUGACUGAGCAAAUUUCCACACACGACUUCAAUAAAUCUCACUUAAUUCCUCCAACCACCAGUAAAUCUGACCAAGAAAUCACAAUAUCAACAACAGAUCGAUCUCGAAACACUAUUGAAGUCCAAACAGUAGAAACUUUCAUAUCGACCCACAGAACAAAUUUCGCUGGUUUAACGGAAAAUGUUUUAGAAGAAACGACCACUUUUUCAACUAAGGAAAACUCAAAAGUAACAACCAAGUAUGAAAAUUCAGAUGCACACAAUGUUUCGGUGACCACUUUCCCUCCUUUACAAAUGAUAAGUGAUAAUUCAACUACGACCGAGUCCAUUGAAGAUCUCAAAUCGAGUUCCCUGUACGAUGAAAAUUUGCCGCUUACAGUAACUGAAUCGAUUCACAGUACAACAACUAAUGCACAAUCUCUAAUUGAUAAUUUGACAACUGCUGACAUUCAGAAUAAUGCAACAGACUCUGCUAGCUUCCCCUUUAGCUCUGAUUCAACUGAACAGUCAAGCACUGUAAAUUCAAUUACAUAUUACGUCAGUAAUAAUGAUUCAUCCGUUGGAAUAAGUUCUUCUAAUGACACGAGUGGUAUUAAAGUAACUGAUCCUAUAAUAUCUGAUACAACAACUGUUAAAUUAACUAAUAAUAUCAUUAGCACAACCACAAAGUACCGAGACUUAACUCCGAUUGAUGAAACUAUUCCUACUUCUACUGAAAUUAAAACUGAUCCAACCUGGAGCAAUAUUGCUGAUUUGAUAUCCACUGUUUCACUAUAUCAGACUGAAAGGACUGUAAGCAAAAUUACAUCACCGCGCGAUAAUUUCUACACCUCCACCAAAUUAUCAAGCACAGAACAAACCACACUAGAAAACUUUAAGGACACAACGGAAAACUUAUAUCAUACAACUACUUUUGGGAAUUACCCUGCUUCUACGGGUAAAUUUGAGCAAACUGUGGAUAGCAAUUCUGAUAAAAGCACACAGAGUAUAAUCUCAGACAAACCACAAAAAGCGCACAGUUCCACAGAUAAAAUUGACCAUACAACAUAUACCACACAGCCAUACGAAACGCAGACUACGAAACUCAUGUUUUCCACAGAUACGCACAUUACUGAUAAAUCUAUUCCCUCGGGCUCUGAUUCUCAAACAGACGAUACAGAAAAAUACUCCACUACCACUUACUCAACAAAACCUGAAAAGCAAACUGACACUCCGUUAAUAAAAAGUACAAUUUCACAAAAUACGGUUUCCGAUCAAACACAGAAGUACACUACAAACGUACCACAAACUGUUCAUACCUCUACACAAAAAAACGACAGUACCAAUUUCUACCCAACAGAUAACACAAAAUCAUUUGAUAAUGAAAACCAAACAACAAAAAUGACAUCAUCUACAAAUACAUACAGUACAGAUCAAUCUACCCUUGCAAGCACUACUUUACAAUCAGAUUUCACGGACAAAAUCACUACUUAUUCACCUCAAUCAGAAACCAAAACUGACAAUCCAUUCAUGAAAAGCACAAUAGACCAAAAAAUUAUUUCAGAUCCUAAAACCACUACAGAUAUGCCACUAACUGAUUACACAUCAACAGACAAAAUUUACCACACAGACAAAAUACAAUCAUAUGAAAAUAGCGAGAAACAGAAAACUACAAAAGCUACGUUCACCACAAGUGCAGAAGUCACUGACACUGCGACUAAUAAAGUGUCAAUAACUGAAGAUAAAGCCACAGACUAUACAGAAAAAUAUUCCAGUGGAACGCAAUUUGCAUCAAUAAAAUACCCAAGCACUACGGAAAAAUUAAAAGAUUUUGAAUCAACAGAAAGUGAAUUUGGCUCUGAAACGACCACAAGAACAGAAACUAGCAAAGUGCCUUUUAGAACUGAAACAACUGAUCGCGAAAUAAUUUCAUCCACCCCAUCUGAAAUUUUCACCACCGUUUCCAAUUUUAAGCUGGAUAAUUAUGAACAUAAAAAUCAUACAGAGACAUCUACAAAUACCCCUCUUUCCACUUUUGGUCCCUCAGAUGGCUCUGAAUCAACCACGCGGGUAAUAAAUAAUGUGCAAAUAACAGAUCUUGAAUUUAAUUUUGGCACAACUCUUGGGGAGGUUAAUUUUGAAACGACCAAUCCAACAACUGAUGGCCCAAAAACAACAGGCAGCACUCUGUCUGACAAAAUAGAAACUGCUGACGAACUGAAAAAUUCCAAUGACACAACCACGGAAAAAUCUCUAAUUUCGACUGACAUACUUUCUUCUCAAACUUAUUCUGGCGUAGAAACAACUGCCACAACAGAAGCUAGCAAAUUAUCUUCAAAUACUGAAAUUACCGGCCGAGAUUUUAUUUCAACAACGCAAUUUGAAAACUUAAAUUCAAUUACAACUACCCAUUCAAUUAUCAACGAGAUUAAAAUCACUGAGCAAACUGAGCUAACCACAAACACUUUGUCCGAGAGCUCAGUCAAUAUCAAAAAUGAAAUUUUUUCAAGCCCUGAAUUGACAACUCAAAACAUAAACAAAUUAACUACAGAUUUAGACAGUAAUUAUGGCUCAACUCAUGGACAAACCAAUUUUGAGACGAAAUAUCCAAUUACUGAAAACCCUAAAAUUACCAUUGACACUCAAACUGCUUCUUCCUUUGAGGAGCAGAAAAGUCCCUCUGUAACAACUACAGAACGUGUUUCGACUGAAAAAUUCAUUGAUACGACUGACAUUAAAUUCUCUCAAACAAUCAAUGGCUUUGAAACAACUGCUUCGACAGAAAAUGGCAAAAUAUUUAUUAAUACCGAAACCCCUGAUCGCGAAUUUAUUUCAACAACGCAGUAUGAAAAUUUAAAUUCAUUUUCUUCGACCCAGUCAAAUGGUAGCGAAAUUAAGAUAAAUUUGCCGUUCACCAAUAGUCCUAUUUCCACUAUGAGUGACUCUGAUACUGUUGAAAUUGAAACAACCACAAACAAAAAUGUUAAGUCUACAGCGGAAUCUGAAAAUAAUUUUAGCUCUACCCAAAGCAGCUAUGAAUUAGAAACAAAUUCAGUCACAAGCGUGCCAAAAACCACUAGCAAUAUUUCCUCUGGAAAAACUGAAACUGGUCAAAAUUUUAAUGAAUUGAACGAAACAACAACAGUUUUCAAUUACCCACAGAUUACAAACGAUUCAAGAUUUGAAACUACUCCUAACUCAUUUGAAACUACAAUUGAGCAAAAAGAUUUUACACAGAAAAUUUCUCCAAGUGACACAACAACUGAUUUGCCACUCAAAACAACUCCAAUAAUUUUAGAUCCCGAAAAUCUUUUAAUUUCGACCGAGUCUUAUCCCCUUUCUCAAUCAAACGUCACUGGCUGCAAAGCCGAUGUCCACUGUCCUGAGCGUCUAAUGUGCGUUGGUAAAAUAUGUCGCGACCCCUGUUCGUAUUUCAACGCUUGCAAGUCGUACAAAUGCGACGUAAAAGACCAUAGGCCUGUGUGCGCGUGCAACGUCACUGGGGAUGAAGUACUCGAUACUUGUAUAACACACCCAGUUGUUGGCUGUCUCUCGAAUUCAGAGUGCCAUCCUCAACAAGCAUGUAUCAAUGGCAAUUGCCAAGAUCCAUGCAGUGUGGCAAGUCCUUGCCGCGGCAUUGAGGAGUGCCAAGUGCAAAACCAUCAGCCUGUUUGCGUCAAAGUUUGUUCAUGCCAGAAGACGACGGAGUGCAGACCCAAUUUCUUCUGCGAUGGAUGCAAUUGUGUGCCUCAAGGCACUGAACCAACCAAGGCCGUGUGUGACCACUGUCCUCCUGGAUCGACCUGUGACCUUUCAACCGGCGCCUGCAUCAAAGACCUGGAGGCAUCAACCACAAUAGGUCCAGAAGCAGAAACCACGUCGGAACAAAUUGACACUUACACAGACCAACCUGACCUCGAGCCAGAUUCUUACACUGAAAGCAAUCCAUUUGCAACCACUGAAUUCGGUGGCUUUUCUGAGCCGACGACUCCCUCCAUUUUUAAUUUGACCACCACCUCGAGUGAUUCGAGUGAAAGUCCGUUUUCCGACAGUGGCGAGAUUUUCAGUUCCACGCAAAGUAUCGGUGAAUUUUCCACAACUUUUGGCCCCAAUGAAAAAUCGGUUGAAACAACCACUUUAACGACAGGCGCCUCUUAUUUGACUGAAAAGGAAUCUCCCAAAAGUUCUUUCACCACCGAAAGUCCCGAGAGCCAAUUAGACCUUUCCACCACAAGUCAGUUGCCCUCCUCUGCCGAAACCACGACAGAAUCGAGGCCUAGAGUCACGACGACCACUGAAAUUUUGCCUGAGUUGUCUAGUCAGACGAUGAUCUCGCAGUUCGAGUCUUCGACCACCGUCCGGUCGGAGGUAACGACUGCAAAUGCCCCACCCACGACGACCACCUUUGUCUCGGUCGCUAAUCAGACAGAAAUUUUCAAAAAUGAUGGAACUGAAGACUAUCCUGAGGUUGAAGUUGAGGCCGACUUUAAUAAUCCGCCCCGGACUACCACUGAAUCAGAUUUAUUUUUUACCACCACCCUGAAUACAAACGAAUUUUCCACCAAAUUCGAUUUUUCAACCACACCUGGCGCGAGUGGGGAGGUCUUUAUCGAGUCUGACAAGGACGAUCGGUUCGAUAACACCAAGGGGGGUUGCGACUCUGACAUUGACUGCCCAGACUAUGAGGCUUGCAAGGAGAACAUCUGCGUGAACCCUUGUCUUAAGCCCAGGGCGGCGUGUGCAUUAAAUGCGCGCUGCUCAGUCUCCAAUCACACUGCCCAAUGCUCUUGUCCACCUGGCCAAUUGGGCGAUGCCCACCACGAUUGUCGCAGAGAACCCCCAGGCACCCCCAAAGUGCCGCAACCCUGUCAGUCAGACAAUGACUGCCACCAGCAGGAGGCGUGCUACAAGUCGCUGUGCGAAAACCCUUGCGAUUUCGCCAAGCCCUGCGCGCCGACCGCCAAGUGCUCCGUCGUGAUGCACAGACCGGUCUGCAGGUGCCCCACAGGCCACGAGGGCGACCCUAUGGUCAAGUGCGCCCCCGCCAUGCCCAUCGGCUGCACGACAAACUAUGACUGUCCGAUUACGGAGGCUUGUGUCAACAACGUAUGUCAGAGGCCAUGCGAUUUGCACAACCCGUGCGCUGUGAACGGAGUUUGCAUUAACACAAACCACGGAACAGACUGCAGUUGUGCUGAGGGAUACCACGGAAACGCUUUUGUUGGUUGUCUUCCUGUGGCGUCACCGAAGCCCAUUUGUCAGUACAAUGAAGAUUGCCCACCCCACCAGCUCUGUGACCGCCUGAAUCGCCGCUGCAUGAGUCCUUGUGUGGAGGAUUCUUGCGGACUUGACGCUGAAUGUUUCCCAGCCAACCACGCCGCCACUUGCAAGUGCAGAAGUGGCUACGCUGGAAAUCCUUACACCCAGUGUGCUAUCAUUGUUGGAUGUCAAAGCAACUCUGAAUGCCCGCCGUCCGAGGCUUGCAUUAAUCAAAAGUGCCAAAACCCGUGCCAAUGUGGCCCGAACGCUAUCUGUGAUGUGAUAAAUCAUGUGCCAACUUGCAAAUGUCCCAACGGCUACGGCGGAAACCCAAUCACUGGGUGCACAGUGCCAUCAAACCCGUGUGUGCCAAAUCCAUGCGGCACCUAUGCUUUGUGUGAGCUGGACAACGGCAAUCCAAUCUGUUUCUGUCCCAAGGGAAUGACUGGAAAUCCUUUCGUCAAUUGCAUACCUGAGGGUGACCUUUGUAAGCCAAGUCCUUGUGGUCCUAACUCAGGAUGCCGCCUAGUCAAUGGCAACCCACGGUGCUUCUGCCUGCCCAAUUACGAAGGCGAGCCACCCAUCAUGCCCUGCAGACCACCUCAAAACCCUUGCGACCCUUCGCCCUGCGGCCCCAACACACAAUGCACCAUUCAUAAUGGAUUUGCAAGGUGUGCCUGCAUCGACGGCUACAUCGAGUUGCCCAACACCAUCAGAGGGUGUGUGCAGCGCCGUGACCCUUGCGACCCCAACCCUUGUGGUCAAGGAGCUUUGUGCGACUCAGUCAGGGAGCCAAACUGCUACUGCCCUGUCAACACAGUAGGAAAUCCUUACAAGAGCUGUGCUGAGCCGGUUAGGGCUCUCUGCGAACCUGGCCCUUGCGGACCAAACGCUGAUUGCUAUGUUGCUGGGUAUCAGGAGCAGUGCUUCUGCAAACCAGGUUUUGAGGGAGACGCUUACACCAAAUGCCAGAGAUCUCCUGUCAGCCCAUGCUUCCCGAAUCCCUGCGGACCUUACACCAUCUGCAAAGUUUCACCUCAGGGUCAACCUCUUUGCCUCUGCCAGGACGGCUAUAAUGGAGAUCCAGUCAGUUCAAAGGGCUGUGCUCCCGAGUGCUCAGUGGACGAUGAAUGCCCCAACGACAAGGCUUGCAUUGGAUUUAAGUGCAGAGACCCUUGCCCUGGCUCUUGUGGAAUCGAGGCCAGCUGCAGGGUUGAGAAACACCACCCUGUCUGUACUUGCAAUCGCGGUCUUAUUGGAAACCCAGUCAGUCGCUGUUAUGCUCUAAAGGUUCCAGAUCCGAUCGACCCAUGCAACCCUAGUCCAUGUGGAGUAAACACAAAAUGCAUGAUCCUAAAUGGAAAGGCAGCGUGCUCUUGCUUGCCAGAAUAUCAUGGAGAUCCGCAAAUUGGCUGUCAGCCAGAGUGCACCAUUCACUCUGACUGUCCAUCGAACAGGGCCUGCAUUUUCCAGAAGUGCAGCGAUCCUUGCCGUGGAACAUGUGGAGUCAACGCAGAAUGUCAGACAAGAAACCAUGUUGCAGUUUGCAGCUGCAAAGCUGGUUUCAUGGGAGAUCCAUUCAUCCAGUGUCUGAAAACUCCUCCUGUGUUGCCUGAGGCUAACAUGACUAAAGUUUGCGAUCCAUCACCUUGUGAUCCGUAUUCGACAUGCAGAAUCUACGGCAGCUUGGCAGUUUGUGAACCUGCUUUCAGGCCUGAGUGUCUCAGCAGUUCCGAGUGCUCCUUCAACAGGGCCUGCAUCAACCAACGCUGUGUCGACCCUUGCCCUGGAUCUUGUGGCUUCAAUGCAUUGUGCACAUGCAUCAAUCAUGCGCCAGUGUGUAGCUGCCCUCAAGGCUUUGUCGGAAAUCCUUUCGAGCACUGUUCUCAACCAGCAAUUGGUGAGGUGAGGCCUGAAACUUGUGACACAACUCGCUGUGGUGCAAACGCAGCCUGCAAGGAAACAUCAAGUGGAAUUGUCUGUGUGUGCAAACCACUGUAUUACGGCAACCCUUAUCUUGCCUGCCACCCUGAGUGUGUCCUCAACCAGGAUUGUCCAUCGAACAAGGCUUGCAUGAACAACCAUUGCGAAAAUCCUUGCGUUGGAAUUUGUGGAGCCAAUGCUCAAUGUGAGGUGGUCAACCACCAACCUGUCUGCCUUUGCCAACAAGAAUUAACUGGAGAUCCAUUUGUGUCAUGCUAUCCAUUGAGAGCUCCUCCUCCUGUUGCUGAGGUGGUUAUUGCACCUUGUGACCCUUCGCCGUGCGGACCAAACAGCAGGUGCCUCUCACAAGGUCACGUGGCUAUUUGUUCAUGCCUGCCAGGUUAUCAAGGAGUCCCUCCUGCCUGUAAACCGGAGUGUGUGGUCAGCUCAGAGUGCUCCCAGACUCACUCUUGUGUCAACCAGCACUGUGUGGACCCCUGUCCCAGCAGCUGCGGCAUUGGUGCCACUUGCCUAGUCAUCAACCACAACCCGAUUUGCAGUUGUCCUGCUGGCUAUCAGGGUGAUCCAUUUGCCAGUUGCUACAGGCCCAUUGUAGAAGAGCCCAAGACGCCGGCAAUCAGUGGCAAUCCUUGUGAGCCCUCACCGUGCGGAUCUCACUCUUUGUGCCAAGUUAAGCAAGGCAGACCAGUCUGCUCCUGCAAGGCUGAUUACUUUGGCAGCCCCCCAUACUGCAGACCAGAGUGCAUCACCAACUCCGAGUGCCCAGCGAACAAGGCGUGCAUCAACGAGAAGUGCAAAGACCCGUGCAGAGGAAUUUGCGGAACCAACGCCAAAUGCGACGUGGUCAAUCAUACACCAUUCUGCAGUUGCUUGCAAGGUUUCGAGGGAGACGCUUUCAUUGGCUGCUCAAAGCAUAUUGCUCCUGUUGUGGAAAAAUAUCAACCUUGUGACCCGUCACCUUGUGGAGUUAAUGCUCAGUGCUCGGAACACAACAAUGUCGCCCGCUGCACAUGCAUACCGCCAUACUUUGGAGACCCCUACUCUGGAUGCAGACCCGAGUGUGUCGUCAACGCCGACUGCGCCAGCCACCUGGCCUGUGUCAACAAGCACUGCAGGGACCCUUGCGUUGGCAUCUGCGGAACAAACGCCCAGUGCAAUGUGGUCAACCACGUCCCUGUGUGCAGUUGCUUCAGCGGCCAUGAGGGAGAUCCGUUUGUGUCUUGCAGACAAAUUCCAAUCAAACCAAUUGCUCCUCGUAAUCCAUGUGAGCCGACUCCUUGCGGAGGAAACAGCGUCUGCAGGGUGGCCAAUGGACACGCCGUCUGCUCCUGCAUUCAAGGGUACAUUGGAGCUCCGCCUAACUGCAGGCCAGAGUGUGUUAUUAGUGGGGAAUGUGCGCAGAACAAGGCUUGCAUUCACAACAAGUGUCAAGAUCCUUGCCCUGGAAGCUGCGGACUGGAGGCUCGGUGCCAAGUCAUCAAUCACAACCCCAUCUGCAGCUGUCCUCCUGGCUAUGAGGGUGAUCCAUUCACACGUUGCUUCAAAGAAGAAACAAAAAUUGUUGUGCCGAUUUCAAACCCGUGUAUGCCGUCACCAUGUGGCCCUAACUCGGAAUGCCGUGUAAAUGACGGUCGCCCCGUGUGCUCAUGUCAAUUGGGCAUGUUCGGAGCGCCGCCAAACUGCCGGCCCGAGUGCGUCAUCAACACCGACUGUCCGACCAACCUGGCCUGCGUGCGCAACAAGUGCACCAACCCUUGCCAAGGGUCGUGCGGCUUCCACGCCGUCUGCACGGUGCAGAACCACCAGCCUGUCUGUCACUGCGAGCAGGGCUACGAGGGAGACCCGUUCUCCGGUUGCAACCCCGUCAGAGUAAUUGUUGACGAACCGCGACACCCCUGCAGCCCUUCGCCCUGCGGAUCGAACGCGAUCUGCAGGGAACGCCACGGCGCCGGCGCUUGUCAGUGCCUGCCCGAGUAUUUCGGUGACCCCUAUACCGGUUGCCGACCUGAGUGCGUGCUCAGCUCAGACUGCGACCGCCAAAAGGCAUGCAUUAAUAACAAAUGCAAAAACCCUUGCGACGGCACCUGCGGCCUCAACGCGAAAUGCUUUGUCAUAAACCACACGCCCUCCUGCAGUUGCCUGCCCGGAUACACUGGCAACGCUUUGCAAUCAUGCGUUCUCAUACCCCAACCUGUUGUCAUCGAAGAACCGAGAGACCCGUGCCGUCCCUCACCCUGCGGGCCUAAUAGCCACUGCAGAGUGAGUAACGGUCACGCCGUCUGCUCUUGCCAAGUGGACUUUGUCGGAGUCCCUCCUAACUGUCGGCCCGAGUGCGUGGUCAGCGCCGAGUGCCCUCUCGAUAAGUCCUGUAUUAACCAGAGGUGCAAAGACCCGUGUCCAGGCACGUGCGGCCAAAACGCGCGCUGCCAGGUCAUCAACCACAACCCCAUCUGCUCGUGUGUCGCCGGACACACUGGAGACCCGUUCGGCAGGUGUUACAGGGUGGAAAAACCUCCCGCACCUGUGGUGCAUCACAACCCCUGCGUCCCGUCGCCCUGCGGACCUAACUCGCAGUGCCGGGUCGUGGACACGCACGCUGCAUGCUCCUGCCUGCCGAAUUUCGUUGGUCGCGCUCCCAACUGCCGACCCGAGUGUACCAUCAAUGGCGAAUGUAGCGCCCACCUCGCUUGCCAAUGCGACAAAUGCGUCGACCCCUGUCCGGGCUCGUGCGGACCCCUUGCCACGUGCAGGGUGGUCAACCACCAGCCCGUGUGCACUUGCCCGCCCGGUUACACAGGCGACCCCUUCAGUGGGUGCUCGCCCGCGCCAAUCAUUUCGCCUAUUGAAGAAGCACCACGUGAUCCGUGCAACCCGUCACCUUGCGGUGCGAACGCUGUUUGUAAGGGAAGGAACGGUGCUGGCUCUUGUGUUUGCAUGCCCGACUUCUUCGGCGACCCCUACACAGGGUGUCGACCCGAGUGCGUGCUUAACACAGACUGUUCGCGCGACAAAGCAUGCGUUAACAACAAAUGCACGAACCCUUGCGUCGGCACUUGCGGCAUCAACGCCGAGUGCAGAGUCAUCAACCACGCACCCUCUUGCUCUUGCCUCCCCGGCUACACCGGGGAUGCGCUCAGUGCAUGCCAUCAGAGGCCGAUCGAGAAAGUGGAGCCGGUGCGCGAACCGUGUAACCCGUCGCCCUGUGGUCCGAACAGCCAGUGUCGCGCCAUCAACGGCCACGCUGUCUGUUCGUGCAGGGCUGGUUACGUCGGUUCCCCUCCGUCUUGCAAGCCAGAGUGCGUGAUAAGUGCCGACUGUCCCCAAGACAAAGCAUGCCUUACUCAAAAGUGCCGCGACCCCUGUCCUGGGGUUUGCGGACAGAACGCUCGGUGCCAGGUGGUCAAUCACAAUCCCAUUUGCACUUGCGCCCCUGGCCACUCGGGCGAUCCUUUUGCACGCUGUUUCAAAGAAGAGAGACGUCCGGUGAUUUUCGAAGAGAACAUCAACCCUUGCAUCCCGUCACCGUGCGGGCCGAACUCUCAGUGCAGAGUGGUCGGUCAGCACGCUGCAUGCUCUUGUUUGCCUAAUUACGUGGGUCGCGCUCCCAACUGCCGACCCGAGUGCACGAUUAACGAAGAAUGUCCAAGUAAUCUUGCAUGCCAGGCGGAAAGAUGCCGCGAUCCGUGCGCCGGUUCAUGUGGUGCUCAGGCAUUUUGCACUGUAGUCAAACACUCGCCACGGUGCUCGUGCCAACCUGGCUUCUCAGGAGACCCUUUCUCAGGGUGCUCCAAAAUUAUCACCACUGUGGUUCCAACGGAAGGUCCGCGCCGACCUUGCGAUCCCUCGCCGUGCGGUUCAAAUGCCAUUUGCAAAGAGCGUAAUGGUGCUGGUUCAUGUUCUUGCCUACCUGAAUACUUUGGCGACCCAUACACAGGGUGCCGGCCCGAGUGCGUCCUGAACACGGACUGCAGUCGGGAAAAAGCAUGCGUCAACAACAAGUGCGUGAACCCUUGCAUCGGCACUUGCGGUCUCAAUGCCGAGUGUAGGGUGGUCAAUCACGCGCCCUCUUGCUCUUGCUUGCCGGGCUAUACAGGAGAGCCGCAGCGCUCUUGCCGAAUCGUUGAGCCUGUGGUGACAGUGUCCGAGCCCGAGCCCUGCAACCCGUCGCCCUGCGGCCCCAACAGCCAAUGUCGCACGAUCAAUCGGCACGCGGUGUGUUCUUGCCAGACGGGCUACGUUGGCUCGCCACCCUCGUGCCGACCUGAGUGCGUGAUCAGUGCCGACUGCCCGCAGAACAGGGCGUGUCUUGCCCAGAAAUGCAAGGACCCCUGUCCGGGCACGUGCGGCACCAACGCCCGCUGCAAUGUUGUCAACCACAACCCCAUCUGCUCUUGCACGCCUGGUUUUACUGGUGAUCCUUUCACAAACUGUUUCAAAGAGACGACACCCGAGCCUAUCAGGGAUGCUGGCGACCCUUGUGUGCCCUCGCCCUGUGGCCCACACUCUCAGUGUAGGGUCAUCGGUUCUCACGCUGCAUGCUCUUGCCUGCCCAACUACAUCGGACGUGCACCAAACUGCCGACCUGAAUGCGUUAUUAACGCUGAGUGCCCAAGCAACUUGGCUUGCGUGAAUGAACGCUGCCGAGACCCUUGUCCUGGUACUUGCGGCUCACUAGCCGUUUGUCACGUUGUUAGUCACAGCCCCAUGUGCACGUGUAUGCCUGGCUAUACUGGAGACGCCUCUCGAGGCUGCUCCCUCAUUCCUGUGCCAUUAACGGAGAGAACUCCUCAAAAUCCGUGCAUUCCAUCGCCGUGCGGUGCCAAUGCUGAGUGCAGAGAACGCAACGGCGCUGGCGCCUGCUACUGCCAGCAAGGCUUCUUUGGUGACCCCUACACUGGCUGCAAGAGGGAGUGCGAAAUCAACACCGACUGCCCGACCGUCAAGGCGUGCGUCUCCUUCAAGUGUCAGGACCCUUGUCCUGGAACUUGUGGUCAGGAUGCAAUCUGCACGGUUCUGAACCACAACCCCUCUUGCAACUGUCCACCUGGCUACACUGGAGAUCCUUUCUCCUAUUGCAGACUUGUGCCUGUCACAGAAAAACCUAGAAUCAACCCCUGUGUUCCUUCACCCUGUGGACCCAACAGCCAGUGCCGAGAGAUCAAUGGCCAGGCCGUGUGCUCUUGCUCGCCAACUUAUAUUGGCUCACCACCAAACUGCAGGCCUGAGUGUGUUGUCAGCUCUGAGUGUCCCUUGGAUAAGGCGUGUACUCAACAAAAGUGCACUGAUCCUUGUCCCAAUACUUGUGGCCUUGGAGCACAGUGCUCAGUCAGAAACCACAACCCAAUUUGUGCUUGUCCCUCUGGAUUCAUUGGCGAUCCGUUCGUCAGAUGCAGUCCUCAACCUGUUGUGGUUGAGCCAGAGAGAGCCACAGAGAGGCCGCCAUCAUGUGUGCCAUCGCCCUGCGGACCUCACUCUCAGUGCCAGAUUGUUGGAGACAGACCAGCAUGCUCAUGCUUGUCUGGUUUCAUUGGAGCGCCACCAAAUUGCAGACCUGAGUGUGUUUUGAGCGCCGAAUGUCCUAGUCAACUCGCAUGUAUCAACAACAAGUGCAGAGACCCUUGUGUUGGAUCUUGCGGAGUCAACGCCAAGUGCCAUGUUAUGAACCACACUCCCAUCUGCUCAUGUGACGUUGGAUACACUGGAGAUCCGUUUACGCAGUGCAGCUUCCUGCCACCAUCUACACCAGCUCCAGUUGUAUUUGAGCCAUGCAACCCGUCUCCAUGCGGAUCAAAUGCAAUUUGCAGAGAAAUAAACAACAACGCCAAUUGCGAAUGCAUUCCUGAACACUUUGGCGACCCAUACACAGGCUGUCGACCUGAGUGUGUGAUCAAUGAUGAUUGUGAUAGGAGCAAGGCUUGUCUGAGGAACAAGUGCAAAGACCCUUGCAUUGGUACAUGUGGACAGGGUGCAAUUUGCGACGUGGUCAACCACAUUCCCAUCUGCUCAUGUCCUGCUGGGUACACCGGCGAUCCAUUUAACUACUGCCGUGUAGAAGAGAAAAUCCCAGAAGCAAAACGCAACCCUUGUAACCCAUCACCAUGCGGUCAAAACAGCCAAUGCAGAGAAGUCAACGGCCAAGCUAUUUGCUCAUGUCUGGUUGGCUACCAGGGAACACCGCCUGGAUGCAGACCUGAGUGUGUGGUCAGCUCGGAAUGCGCUUCGAACAGGGCUUGUGUAAACCAAAAGUGUACCGACCCUUGUGUUGGUGCCUGCGGACUAAACGCCAGAUGCGAGGUCAUCAAUCACAGCCCGAUUUGCAGCUGCAGACAGGGACAGACCGGAGAUCCAUUCAGGAGCUGCUACGAUCUGCCUUCUCCUCCAGUUGAGCCUGUGAUAAGGAAAGAUCCUUGCCAGCCAAACCCGUGUGGACCAAACGCAAGGUGUGAAGUGCGAGGAGAAACCCCAUCAUGCUCUUGCCUUGCUGGCUACACAGGAGCUCCGCCCAACUGCCGACCUGAAUGUGUCAUCAACCCUGACUGCCCAACAAACAAGGCCUGCGUCAACAACAAGUGCAGAGAUCCUUGCCCAGGUUCCUGUGGUGAAAACUCGGUUUGUCAAGUCAUCAACCACGCUGUGAUGUGCACAUGCUCACCAGGUUUUACUGGAAAUCCGUUUGUUCAGUGCAUCAUCCAACAGAAGGAAAUCAUAAAUCCUUGUGAACCAUCGCCAUGUGGAGCAAACGCCGAGUGCAAACAACGCAACGGUGCUGGUGCUUGCACUUGCAUUCGAGACUACUUUGGAAACCCUUACGAAGGCUGCCGUCCAGAAUGUGUUCUCAGCUCUGAUUGUCCCACAGACAGAGCUUGCAUCCAGAACAAGUGCAAGGACCCCUGUCCUGGAACAUGUGGCCAGAAUGCCAUUUGCACUGUUCAAAACCAUGUGCCGACCUGCUCAUGCUUUGAGGGUUACUAUGGAGAGCCAUUCACUGCCUGCCGUCUUCAACCGAAACUUCCAGUCACGGAGGCCACGGUCGUCGACCCCUGCAGUCCAUCACCUUGCGGACCUAACAGCCAAUGCAGAAACGUCAAUGGACAGGGUGUGUGCUCAUGCCUGCCUGAAUAUAUCGGCUCACCACCAAACUGCAGGCCUGAAUGUGUUGUGAACACCGAGUGUCAGUCGAACAGAGCUUGCAACAACUACAAAUGCAGAGAUCCUUGUGCUGGAAGCUGCGGACUAAAUGCCCGCUGCCAGGUCAUCAACCACAACCCAAUUUGCUCAUGCCCGUCCGGCUAUACUGGAGAUCCGUUCAACAGGUGCUACCGCGAGCCUCCGCCACCACCACCUCGGCCAGAGAUCAAGAGGGACCCUUGUGUUCCCAGUCCGUGCGGACCCAAUAGCCAGUGCAGGACAAUUGGCGAUAAUCCAUCUUGCUCUUGCCUGUCUGGAUACAUCGGUGCUCCACCAAACUGCAGGCCGGAAUGUGUGGUCAACACCGAAUGUCCCAGUCAGCAGGCUUGCAUUGCUGAGAAGUGCAGAGACCCUUGCCCUGGAUCAUGCGGACUUUACGCUGAGUGCAGAGUCCAGAAUCACAUUCCAAUUUGCAACUGUCAACAGGGAUACACUGGAGAUCCAUUCACUCAAUGCAACAGGAUCAUCAUCCAAGAAAUUAAGAGACCUGUGGAUCCUUGCAAUCCAUCUCCUUGUGGUGCAAAUGCCAUUUGCCGCGACGGAAGCUGCACUUGCAUGCAGAACUUCUUUGGCGACCCGUACACUGGCUGCAGACCUGAGUGUGUUUUGAACUCGGAAUGUGACCGCACCAAGGCGUGCAUCAACCAACGCUGUAUCGAUCCUUGCCCUGGAACUUGCGGACAAGGAGCCAGGUGUGACGUCAUCAACCACAUUCCAACUUGCUCCUGUCCUGAAGGAACUUCUGGCGAUCCAUUUGUCAACUGCCGAUACGUUGCACCUUCAACUAUUGAAAGGUCCAAUCCUUGCCAGCCAAGCCCUUGUGGUCCAAACAGUCAGUGCCGAGAGAUCAACGGACACGCUGUUUGCUCUUGUGUUGCUGGAUUCAUUGGAACGCCACCUUCAUGCAGACCUGAGUGUGUUUCAAGUGCCGAGUGUCCGCUUCAACAGGCCUGUCUGAACCAGAAGUGCCGAGAUCCGUGCCCAGGAACCUGUGGUCAAAACGCGCGUUGCCAGGUCGUGAAUCACAAUCCAAUCUGCAGUUGCUCACAAGGCCACACUGGAGAUCCAUUUACUCGCUGCUACCCAACACCAGUUGUUGAAACAUCUAGGCCAGCUCCAAACCCUUGCCAACCAUCGCCUUGCGGGCCAAAUUCACAGUGCCAGGUGCGCGGUGACAGUCCGGCUUGCUCGUGCCUGCCCAACUACAUUGGGGCGCCUCCCAACUGCCGCCCUGAGUGCGUAAUCAACCCUGAGUGCUCCAGCAAUAGGGCGUGCGUCAACCAAAAGUGCCAAGACCCGUGCGUGGGCGCGUGCGGCUCAAACGCGCAGUGUCGCGUUGUGAACCACACGCCCAUGUGCACAUGCGACGUCGGCUACACCGGUGACCCAUUCAGCUACUGCACCCGCCAGCAAGAACCAGUCGUAGCUGAAAAAUUGUCUCCGUGCACUCCAUCACCAUGCGGGGCAAACGCAGUUUGUCAAGAGAGAAACGGCGCAGGUGCUUGUAAGUGCCUGCCCGAAUAUAUUGGAAACCCUUACGAAGGCUGCAGACCAGAAUGCGUCUCCAACUCUGACUGCGCGAGCAACAGAGCAUGUGUCCUCAGCAAAUGCAAUGACCCUUGCCCAGGCACUUGCGGAACCAACGCUGAAUGCAACGUUUUUAAUCACGCACCCUCUUGCACGUGCAGACAGGGUUACACAGGAGACCCUUUCAGAUACUGCUCUCUCAUUCCAGAGCCAGUUGUUUUUGAAAAGGAAGUCGUUGACCCUUGUUUGCCAUCACCGUGUGGUCCAUACAGUCAAUGUAGAAACGUGAAUAAUCAGGGCGUCUGUUCCUGCCUACCUGGCUAUCAAGGCAGCCCUCCAAAUUGCAAACCUGAGUGCAUUGUAAACGCUGAGUGCUCACCCAGCAGAGCUUGCAGCAAUCUCAAGUGCAUUGACCCAUGUAUUGGCACCUGUGGACAAAACGCCCAAUGUAGAGUAAUCAACCACAGCCCUAUCUGCACCUGUCAUCAGGGUUAUACAGGAGAUCCAUUCUCUCGAUGCCAGCUAUUGCCUCCGCCUCCACCACCACCAAAACAACCUGUUUUCGUUGACCCAUGCGUGCCUUCACCCUGCGGGCCCUAUUCUCAGUGUAGAGAUAUUGGCGGCUCGCCUUCUUGCUCAUGUCUUGCCAAUUACAUCGGAGCUCCACCUAAUUGUAGACCAGAAUGCGUUGUGAACUCUGAAUGUCCAAGUAACAAGGCUUGUAUGCGGGAGAAAUGCGGAGACCCUUGCCCAGGUGCCUGUGGGUACCAGGCUGAAUGCUCUGUUGUUAACCACACGCCGAUGUGCACCUGCAUUCAAGGCUAUGUUGGAGAUCCGUUUACAAACUGCAGGCCAAAGCCUGUCGAAGAGCCGCGACCCAUCAUCACUGACCCUUGCAAUCCGUCACCUUGCGGGCCGAACGCCCAAUGUAGAGACGGCUCUUGCACUUGCCUGCCAGAGUUCCACGGCGAUCCGUAUGUCGGAUGCAGACCAGAAUGCGUUUUGAGCACGGACUGCAACAGGGAGAAAGCUUGCAUUCGACAAAAGUGUGUUGACCCUUGCCCUGGAACUUGUGGUCAGAAUGCCAGGUGUGACGUCAUCAACCACAUUCCAAUGUGCAGUUGUCCACCAGGAUUCUCAGGAAGUCCCUUUAUUGAAUGUCGACCCCACAGAGAGCCAAUUAAGUCUGAGCCUUGCUCUCCGUCACCUUGCGGUCCAAACAGUCAGUGCAGAGAAAUUAACGAUCAGGCAGUUUGCUCUUGCGUACCUGGCUUUAUCGGAAGUCCUCCAACCUGCAGACCUGAAUGUGUUACAAAUUCUGAGUGCCCACUCAGUGAAGCUUGCAGUAAUCAGAAGUGCCGAGAUCCUUGCCUAGGAACUUGUGGAGUUGGCGCCAAAUGCAGUGUCAUAAACCACAAUCCUAUCUGUAGCUGCCCGUCACGAUUCAGUGGUGAUCCAUUCAUUCGCUGCGUUCCAAUUCGAGAGGAGCCAGUGACUGCCAGGCCAUCAAACCCUUGCCAACCCUCACCAUGUGGUCCAAAUUCUCAGUGUCAAGUAAGAGGGGAAAGCCCAUCUUGCUCAUGUCUGCCUAAUUACAUUGGAGCUCCACCAAAUUGCCGACCUGAGUGUGUCAGCAACAGCGAGUGCCAGAGCAAUAGAGCUUGCAUGAAUCAAAAGUGUGGAGAUCCUUGUCAAGGGUCAUGCGGAGCAAAUGCUGAGUGCCGAGUCGUCAGCCACACGCCAAUGUGCACUUGCAUAUCUGGCUACACUGGUGACCCAUUCUCGCAGUGCUCACCUGUUCGAGAGCCAGUUGUUGAACAAUCAAGACCAUGCGUCCCCUCACCUUGUGGCGCUAAUGCUGAGUGUCGAGAGCAAAAUAGAGCUGGGGCUUGUACAUGCCUGCCUGAAUACAUCGGAAAUCCUUACGAAGGCUGUAGACCAGAAUGCGUUGUAAGCACCGAUUGCCAAUCAAACAGGGCCUGUAUGAGCAGCAAGUGUCGCGACCCUUGUCCUGGAACGUGCGGACCAAAUGCUGAUUGCCAAGUCGUCAACCACCAAGCAACUUGUACUUGCUUCCCUGGCUAUACAGGAGAUCCAUUUAGAUACUGCAGUCCAAAUCCACCUGAACCUGUGAUACGAGAGCCUACAAAUCCUUGCCAGCCAUCUCCAUGUGGGCCAAAUAGCCAGUGCAGAGAGAUCAAUGGUCAGGCUGUGUGCUCCUGCCUACCUAAUUACCAGGGCAGCCCACCUAGCUGCAGACCUGAAUGCGUUGUCAGUGCAGAGUGUGCCCAAAAUAGGGCAUGCAACAACCAAAAGUGCACUGAUCCUUGCACAGGAACAUGUGGUCAAAAUGCUAUCUGCCAAGUCAUCAACCACAGUCCCAUAUGUAGUUGUCAACAAGGCUACACUGGAGAUCCAUUUACCAGAUGCUUCCCUGUUCCUCCUCCACCACCACCAAGAGAACCUGCGGUGUUCAGAGACCCUUGUCAACCCACUCCUUGUGGGCCGUUUUCGCAGUGCCGAGACAUAGGAGGAGCACCCUCUUGCUCUUGCUUGUCUGGUUACAUCGGAGCGCCUCCAAACUGCAGACCAGAGUGCGUUGUGAACUCAGAAUGCGCAAGUAACAGAGCUUGUAUGAGAGAGAAAUGUGGUGAUCCUUGUCCAGGCUCUUGUGGUCAAAACGCACAGUGUUCAGUCUUUAACCAUGUGCCGAUGUGCACCUGUAUUCAGGGCUAUGUCGGCGAUCCGUUCACUUUCUGUAAUCCAGCACCACCUCCACCUCCUGAGCCUGUUGUAACUGACCCUUGCAACCCAUCACCAUGCGGGCCCAAUGCCCAAUGUCGAAACGGCCAGUGCUCUUGUCUGCCAGAAUUCCAAGGAGACCCAUACAUUGGUUGUAGACCAGAAUGUGUCUUGAGCACUGAUUGCUCCAGAGACAAAGCGUGCAUGCAGAAGAAAUGCAGAGACCCAUGUCCUGGAACUUGUGGACAAAGCGCAAUUUGUACUGUUAGCAACCAUAUUCCUAUGUGCAGCUGCCCAUCAGGAAUGCAAGGAGAUCCAUUUAUUUCGUGCCGCCCUGCUCCAACACCUGUAAAGACGCAACCUUGCCAACCUAGUCCUUGCGGGCCAAACAGCCAGUGUAGGGAAAUUAAUGAUCAGGCUGUAUGCUCUUGUGUACCUGGUUUUAUUGGCUCGCCACCCACCUGCCGGCCUGAAUGCGUUACAAGUUCCGAGUGUGGACAGAAUGAGGCAUGCGUUAACCAGAAAUGCCGAGAUCCCUGCCCUGGAACUUGUGGUGUUGGUGCUAAGUGCAGUGUCAUCAACCACAAUCCCAUUUGCAGCUGUCCAAGCAGAUAUACCGGCGACCCCUUUACAAGAUGUUAUCCAGAACCUGAGCCUGUCGUUGCUCCUCCAAGUAAUCCAUGCCAGCCAUCACCUUGUGGCCCUAAUGCGCAAUGUCAAGUUAGAGGUGAAAGCCCAUCGUGCUCUUGCCUGCCGAAUUUCAUAGGCGCCCCUCCGAACUGCAGGCCUGAGUGCGUCAGCAACAGCGAGUGCCCGACAAAUAGGGCCUGUAUGAAUCAAAAGUGUGGCGACCCCUGCCCUGGCUCUUGCGGUGCUAAUGCAGAGUGCAGGGUUGUUGGUCACACGCCAAUGUGCGUCUGCAUAAUUGGAUUCACAGGCGAUCCAUUUAGCCAGUGCUUCCCUCAAACUGCCCCAGUUGUGGAGCAAUCAAGACCUUGUGUACCAUCACCAUGUGGUGCAAACGCAGAAUGUAGGGAGCAAAAUGGAGCUGGUGCAUGUACUUGCCUGCCAGAAUAUAUAGGAAAUCCAUAUGAAGGAUGUCGACCUGAGUGUGUUGUCAGUUCUGACUGUCAAAGUAGCCGAGCGUGCAUGUCAAACAAAUGCAAGGAUCCUUGUCCAGGCACUUGCGGUCAAAACGCUCAGUGCCAAGUUGUAAACCACCAACCCUCUUGCACAUGCUUCCCUGGCUACACAGGCGACCCUUUCAGAUACUGCAGCCCGAACCCACCUGAACCUGUUGUAUCGGUGCCUGUGAAUCCAUGCCAGCCGUCUCCAUGUGGACCAAACAGCCAGUGCAGAGAGGUCAAUGGUCAAGCUGUAUGUUCGUGCCUACCUAAUUACCAAGGCAGCCCACCUAGCUGCAGACCUGAAUGCGUUGUCAGUGCAGAGUGUGCCCAAAAUAGGGCUUGCAACAACCAAAAGUGCACUGAUCCUUGCGCAGGAACUUGUGGCCAAGGCGCAAAUUGCCAAGUCAUCAACCACAGUCCAAUUUGCAGUUGUCAGCAGGGCUACACAGGAGAUCCCUUUACCAGAUGCUUCCCCAUUCCUCCUCCACCACCCCAACAGCAAGCAAUUGCUCGUGAUCCUUGUCAGCCCACGCCUUGUGGACCAUUUUCUCAGUGCAGAGACAUUGGAGGCUCUCCAUCGUGCUCAUGUCUCUCUGGCUAUAUUGGUUCUCCUCCUAACUGCAGACCAGAAUGCGUUGUAAAUUCAGAGUGCUCAAGCAACAGAGCUUGCAUGAGGGAGAAAUGUGGUGAUCCGUGCCCCGGAUCUUGCGGUCAAAAUGCACAGUGCUCAGUCUUCAAUCACAUCCCUAUGUGCACAUGCAUACAGGGAUACGUUGGAGAUCCAUUUGUCAGCUGCCAACCAGCUCCUCCACCUCCACCAGAGCCUGUUAUUACUGAUCCAUGCAACCCAUCGCCUUGUGGUCCAAAUGCAAACUGCAGAGAUGGACUUUGUACAUGUAUCCCUGAAUACCAAGGUGAUCCAUAUCAAGGAUGCAGACCUGAGUGUGUUUUGAGCCAAGAUUGCUCAAGAGAUAGGGCCUGUAUCAGACAAAAGUGUGUUGAUCCUUGCCCUGGAACCUGCGGUCAAAACGCCCAAUGCACAGUCAGCAAUCACAUUCCAAUGUGCAGCUGCCCACCUGGCUUUUCAGGAAGCCCCUUCAUUGAGUGUAGACCAGUCAGAGAACCUGUUGUAACUCAGCCUUGCCAGCCGUCUCCUUGUGGACCUAACAGUCAAUGCAGAGAAAUAAAUGGACAAGCAGUCUGCUCUUGUGUACCAGGAUUUAUUGGGUCACCACCUUCCUGCCGUCCAGAGUGCGUAACAAGCUCGGAAUGUGCCCAGAACGAAGCUUGCAGCAACCAAAAAUGUCGAGAUCCUUGCCCUGGAACUUGUGGCUUGAACGCAAAAUGCAGCGUCAUCAAUCAUAACCCGAUUUGCAGCUGCCCAGCUCGCUACAGCGGAGAUCCAUUUGUACGGUGCACACCAAUUCUCGAAGAACCGGUUGUUCAGACAAAUCCUUGUCAGCCCUCUCCCUGCGGACCAAAUGCGCAGUGCCAAGUUCGAGGUGAAAGUCCCUCAUGCUCUUGUUUGCCGAAUUUCAUCGGAGCGCCUCCUAAUUGCCGACCUGAGUGCGUCAGCAACAGUGAAUGUCAGAGCAAUAGGGCUUGCAUUAACCAGAAAUGCGGUGACCCUUGCCCAGGAUCAUGUGGUGCCAAUGCUGAGUGUCGAGUGGUCAGCCACACUCCAAUGUGCAUCUGCGUCGUUGGUUUUACUGGAGAUCCGUUCACUCAGUGCUUGCCUGUGAGAGAGCCUGUCGUAGAACAGACGAGACCUUGUGUUCCGUCUCCUUGUGGCGCCAAUGCAGAGUGUCGAGAACAAAACGGAGCUGGAGCUUGCACUUGCUUGCCUGAAUAUAUUGGAAAUCCUUACGAAGGCUGUAGACCAGAAUGCGUCGUAAGCACCGAUUGUCAAUCAAACAGAGCCUGCAUGAGCAGCAAAUGUCGCGACCCUUGUCCUGGAACGUGCGGACCAAAUGCUGAUUGCCAAGUCGUCAACCACCAAGCAACUUGUACUUGCUUCCCUGGCUAUACAGGAGACCCAUUUAGAUACUGCAGUCCAAAUCCACCUGAACCUGUUGUACAACAACCAACAAAUCCUUGCCAGCCAUCUCCAUGUGGACCGAACAGCCAGUGUCGAGAAAUCAAUGGUCAAGCAGUUUGCUCUUGUCUUCCUAAUUACCAGGGAAGCCCACCUAGCUGCAGACCUGAAUGCGUUGUCAGUGCAGAGUGUGCCCAAAAUAGGGCAUGCAACAACCAAAAGUGCACUGAUCCUUGCACAGGAACGUGUGGUCAAAAUGCAAAUUGCCAAGUCAUCAACCACAGUCCAAUUUGCAGUUGUCAGCAAGGCUAUACAGGAGAUCCCUUCACUAGAUGCUUUCCUAUUCCUCCGCCGCCACCACCUCGAGAGCCUGCGGUUUAUAAGGACCCCUGUCAGCCUUCACCUUGUGGACCAUUUUCACAAUGUAGAGAUAUUGGCGGAUCUCCCUCUUGCUCAUGCUUGUCUGGAUACAUUGGAGCUCCACCAAACUGCAGACCUGAGUGCGUUGUUAACUCUGAAUGCGCAAGUAACAGAGCUUGUAUGAGAGAGAAAUGUGGUGACCCUUGUCCAGGCUCUUGCGGUCAGAACGCACAGUGUUCAGUUUUCAACCAUGUGCCGAUGUGCACCUGCAUUCAGGGCUACGUUGGUGAUCCUUUCACUUUCUGUAACCCUGCACCACCUCCACCUGCCGAACCUGUUGUGACUGAUCCAUGCAAUCCCUCGCCUUGCGGGCCAAAUGCCCAAUGUCGAAACGGCCAAUGCACUUGUCUGCCAGAAUUCCAGGGUGACCCAUAUGCAGGCUGUAGGCCAGAGUGUGUUCUGAGUUCUGAUUGCUCAAGAGAUAAAGCUUGCAUGCAGAAGAAGUGCAGAGAUCCGUGCCCAGGCACAUGUGGACAAAGUGCAAUCUGCACAGUCAGCAAUCAUAUUCCUAUGUGUAGCUGCCCAUCCGGAAUGCAAGGAGAUCCAUUCAUUUCCUGUAGACCAGUGCCAGCUCCUGUUGUGACUCAACCUUGUCAACCAAGUCCCUGUGGACCAAAUAGCCAAUGCAGAGAAAUCAAUGAUCAGGCUGUUUGCUCUUGUGUGCCUGGUUACAUUGGCUCGCCACCAUCGUGCAGACCUGAAUGUGUAACUAGUGCCGAGUGCAGUCAAAAUGAAGCCUGCGUUAAUCAAAAGUGCAAAGACCCAUGCCCGGGAACUUGCGGAAUUGGGGCUAAAUGCAGUGUUAUCAACCACAAUCCAAUCUGCAGCUGCCCCACUCGAUACACAGGAGAUCCGUUUACACGCUGUUAUCCUGAACCUGAGCCUGUUGUUGCACAGACAAAUCCUUGCCAGCCAUCUCCCUGUGGACCAAAUGCGCAGUGCCAAGUUCGAGGUGAAAGCCCGUCUUGCUCUUGUCUGCCAAAUUACAUCGGAGCACCUCCAAACUGCAGGCCUGAGUGCGUCAGUAACAGUGAAUGCCCCAGCAAUAGGGCGUGCAUUAACCAGAAAUGCGGUGACCCUUGCCCAGGAUCUUGUGGUGCAAAUGCCGAAUGCAGAGUUGUCAGCCACACACCAAUGUGUAUCUGCGUUGUCGGAUUUACUGGCGAUCCAUUCACUCAGUGUCAAGCUGUUAGGGAGCCAGUCGUCGAACAAUCAAGACCGUGUGUCCCUUCACCUUGUGGAGCAAAUGCCGAGUGUCGAGAACAGAACGGAGCUGGAGCUUGCACUUGCUUGCCUGAAUACAUCGGAAAUCCUUACGAAGGUUGUCGACCUGAAUGCGUCAUCAAUCCUGAUUGUCCCUCAAACAAGGCAUGUAUGAGCAGCAAAUGCAAAGACCCUUGUCCUGGAACAUGCGGACAAAAUGCUCAGUGUCAAGUUGUGAACCAUCAGGCAACUUGCACAUGCUUCCCUGGCUACACAGGCGACCCCUUCAGAUAUUGCAGCCCGAAUCCACCGGAACCUGUUGUGUCAGAGCCAGUUAAUCCAUGCCAGCCAUCACCCUGUGGGCCCAACAGCCAAUGCAGAGAGAUAAACGGACAAGCAGUUUGCUCCUGCUUGGCAGGUUACCAGGGAAGUCCACCAAACUGCAGACCGGAAUGUGUUGUCAGCGCCGAAUGUGCUCAAAACAGGGCAUGUAAUAAUCAGAAGUGUAAUGACCCUUGUCCUGGUGCCUGCGGGCAAAAUGCCAAAUGCCAGGCUAUCAAUCACAGUCCAAUUUGCACCUGUGUACAGGGAUAUACUGGAGAUCCAUUUACAAGAUGUUAUCCUAAUCCUCCUCCACCUCAAACGAAACCUGAGCCUGUUUACACAAAUCCUUGUGUGCCUUCACCCUGUGGUGCUAAUGCAGUCUGUCAGGCAGUGGGCCAAAAUCCAUCGUGCUCUUGCCUACCUGGUUACAUUGGAAGUCCACCAAAUUGCCGACCUGAAUGUGUUGUGAAUUCUGAGUGCGCCAGCAACAGAGCUUGUAUGAGGGAGAAAUGCCGAGAUCCAUGCCCAGGCGCUUGCGGCUAUCAGGCCCAGUGCACAGUAAUUAAUCACCUGCCAAUGUGCACAUGCAUUCAAGGAUAUGUUGGAGAUCCUUUCACCAGCUGUCAGCCCAAACCUGAAGAUCCAAAACCAGUAAUUACUGACCCAUGCAAUCCUUCACCUUGUGGACCGAAUGCUCAAUGCAGAGAUGGAACAUGUACUUGUUUGCCUGAGUACCAUGGAGACCCUUACCAGGGCUGCAGACCUGAAUGUGUUAUCAGUCAGGACUGCCCUAGAGAAAAAGCUUGCAUUAGACAAAAAUGUGUGGAUCCCUGCCCAGGAACUUGCGGACAAAAUGCACGCUGUGAUGUAAUUAACCAUGUUCCUAUGUGCAGCUGCAACCCUGGAUUCAGUGGAAAUCCAUUUGUUAUUUGCAACCCUGUCAGAGAACCUGUCAAGACUCAGCCAUGCAAUCCGUCUCCUUGUGGACCAAACAGCCAGUGCAGAGAAAUAAACGACCAGGCUGUUUGCUCAUGCAUCGUUGGCUUUAUUGGAUCACCACCAAACUGCAGACCUGAGUGUGUUGGAAACUCUGACUGUCCUUUAACUGAGGCCUGUUCUAAUCAGAAAUGUCGAGACCCUUGCCCGGGCACUUGCGGAGUGGGCGCAAAAUGCAGUGUCAUAAAUCACAAUCCUAUCUGCAGCUGCCCCUCAAGAUAUACUGGAGAUCCAUUCACUAGAUGCUAUCCAACUCCUGAGCCAGUAAUUGCACAGACCAACCCGUGCCAACCGUCUCCUUGUGGGCCGUACGCUCAGUGCCAAGUAAGAAGAGAAAGUCCGUCCUGCUCCUGCCUGCCUAACUAUAUUGGUGCCCCACCUAAUUGCCGACCCGAGUGUGUUAGUAACAGUGAAUGCCCAAGCAACAAAGCAUGCAUCAAUCAGAAAUGUGGUGACCCUUGUCCAGGCAUUUGUGGAAACAAUGCCCUUUGCCGAGUUGUCAGUCACGCUCCUCAGUGCUACUGUCAGCAGGGCUACGAAGGAGACCCAUUCAGGCAAUGCGUCAUACCCGAAGUUUCAGUGCCAAGACCUGCCACUAAGCCUUGCGUGCCAUCACCUUGUGGAGCAAAUGCCAUUUGCAGAGAACAAAACGGCGCCGGUGCUUGCAUCUGUCAGCCUGAGCAUUACGGAAACCCUUACGAAGGCUGCCGACCUGAGUGCGUCAUCAACUCUGACUGUCCUUCGAGUAAGGCCUGUGCAAAUCAAAAGUGCAAAGAUCCUUGCCCUGGAACUUGUGGGCCAAAUGCUCAGUGCCAGGUGGUCAAUCACCUUCCAACUUGCACUUGCUUCUCCGGAUAUACUGGCGACCCAUUUAGAUAUUGCAGUCCUAUUCCAGAACCUGUCAAGGUUGAACCAACAAAUCCUUGUCAACCAUCACCUUGUGGACCAAAUAGUCAAUGCAGAGAAGUUAACGGCCAGGCUGUUUGCUCGUGCCUUCCUGGUUACCAAGGAAGCCCACCUGGUUGCAGACCUGAAUGUGUAGUAAACCCUGAAUGUCCUCACAACAGGGCUUGUGUCAGUCAGAAAUGCAAAGACCCAUGCCCAGGAACUUGCGGUCAAAAUGCAGUCUGCAAUGUCAUCAACCACAGUCCAAUUUGCAGUUGCCAACAGGGCUAUACUGGAGAUCCAUUCUCAAGAUGUUAUCCUAUUCCUCCUCCUGCACCACGACCAACUCAAGCUGCAAUCGUUGACCCUUGCGUACCAAAUCCUUGUGGGCCUUACUCGACUUGCAGGAAUCUUGGAGGCACCCACUCGUGUGCCUGUUUGCCUAAUUACUUUGGAAAUCCGCCAAACUGCAGACCAGAGUGCUCAGUCAACUCGGACUGCGCCAGCAACAAGGCGUGCAUGAGGGAGAGGUGCAGUGACCCUUGCCCAGGCUCAUGUGGCGCCGGAGCUCAGUGCUCUGUGAUCAACCAUACGCCCAUGUGCACUUGUCCUGCUGGCUACAUUGGCGAUCCAUUUGUCAACUGCUACCCCAAGCCUCCUGAAAAGCAACCUGUCAUUACUGACCCUUGCAACCCGUCGCCCUGUGGGCCGAAUGCCAACUGUCGAGACGGAGUUUGCACUUGCAUUCCGGAAUAUCAUGGAGAUCCUUAUCAGGGCUGCCGACCUGAGUGCGUAAUUAGCCAAGACUGCCCAAGAGAAAAGGCCUGCAUUAGGCAGAAGUGCGUGGAUCCCUGUCCAGGCACUUGCGGAAACAACGCUCGGUGUGAUGUUGUAAAUCAUGUGCCAAUGUGCAGCUGCAACCCUGGCCAUACAGGAAAUCCAUUUGUCAACUGCAAUCCUUAUGAGCCUGUGAAAAUUCAAGAUCCCUGCAAUCCAUCACCUUGUGGGCCAAACAGCCAGUGUCGAGAAAUCAAUGGCCAGGCCGUUUGCUCCUGCUUGUCAGGCUAUAUUGGCACUCCACCCUCUUGUAGACCGGAGUGUGUUUCAAACCCUGAGUGCAGACAAAACGAGGCCUGCAUCAAUCAAAAGUGCAGAGACCCGUGCCCAGGCACAUGCGGCCUAAGCGCCAGAUGUGAAGUCCGAAACCACAAUGCCAUUUGUACUUGCCCAGCUGGCUCAACUGGAGAUCCUUUCUCAAGAUGCUACCCAAUACCACUUCCUCCACGUCAGCCAGUUGUAGCACAAGACCCUUGCUUCCCGGAUCCCUGUGGUCCAAAUGCAAUCUGCAAGGCGAUCGGCGACAGCCCUUCGUGUUCUUGCAGACCCACUUUCAUAGGUUCACCACCAAACUGCAGACCAGAAUGCGUAUCCAACUCUGAAUGUGACAGGAGCAAGGCUUGUAUCCGCCAAAAAUGUCAGGACCCGUGUCCAGGAUCUUGCGGACUCGAGGCGCAGUGCAGAGUUGUAAUGCAUGUGCCCAACUGUUUCUGUCCAGCAGGUCACAUUGGUGAUCCGUUCACUAGAUGCCUCCCGGCACCAGCUGAACCAAAACCCAAACCAAUUGAAAUCGCUCGUCCUUGCCAGCCAUCACCAUGCGGCUCGAACGCAAUUUGCAGGGAGGAGAACAACUAUGCUGUUUGUGAAUGCCUGCCCGAAUACUUUGGCAACCCUUACGAUGGCUGCAGGCCUGAGUGUCUUGUCAGCUCCGACUGUGCCAUGAACAGGGCGUGCAUCCGCAACAAGUGCAAGGACCCUUGUCCAGGCACUUGCGGAUUUGAGGCCAUCUGCUCAGUCACAAACCACAUUCCGGUGUGUAGCUGUCCACCUGGCACAACCGGAGACGCUUUCAGAUCUUGCUCGCUGAUUCCAAUGAAAAUCGAGCUAGUUGAGUCAGACCCAUGCAAUCCAUCACCUUGCGGUCCAAACGCUCGCUGCACUGUGGGACCCAACGGAGCUGCUAUUUGUGAGUGCCUGCCUGGAUACUUUGGCAGCCCCUAUUCGGGUUGUAGGCCAGAGUGUGUCCUUAGCGCAGAUUGCCCCAGAGACAAGGCUUGCGUCAGACAGAAGUGCGUUGACCCUUGUGUUGGCGUUUGCGGCUACUUGGCUAAAUGCAACGUAAUCAACCACAGCCCGAUUUGCACAUGCCCUGCACCUCUCACCGGAGAUCCAUUUGUCGAGUGCAGAGAAAUGCCAGUUAUCCGUGACCCAUGCAAUCCAUCACCCUGCUCGGUCAAUGGCCAGUGCAGAGUUGUCAAUGGUGCCGCUGCUUGCUAUUAUCCUGAGUGUGUCAUCAACCAGGACUGUCCUCGUGACAAGGCUUGUUUCGGCCAGAAAUGCAAAGAUCCUUGUGUCGACGCUUGUGGCUUCAACGCCCUGUGCCAGGUUGUGAACCACAACCCUGUGUGCAGUUGCCCUGCUGGAUUCAUGGGCUCGGCUCGUGUUGAGUGCAAGAGACAACCAAUUGAAGCACCAAGACCCGAGUGCACAGACAACUCUGAGUGCAGCAAUGACAAGGCUUGUAUCAAUGAGAAGUGCAGAAAUCCUUGCGCUGAGUAUCCUAACUCUUGUGCAUCGAACGCCGAAUGCCAUGUGCGCAUGCAUCGUCCUAUUUGUUCUUGCAGAGACGGCUACACCGGCAAUGCACAGAGCAUUUGCUAUGAGAUUGGAUGUCGAUCGGACUCUGAAUGUCCACCAACUCAAGCAUGCGUCAACCGCCAGUGCGAAGACCCAUGCCGUUACACUCAGUGUGGACAGGGCGCUUUCUGCAGAGUUGAAGGCCACCAGGCCCGAUGCUACUGUCCUGAAGGCUACCGCGGCAACGCCUACAGCCAGUGCACUCGUCCAGAGUGCACAGUGGACCACGAGUGCCCCAACCACCUUGCCUGUAGAAACGAAAGAUGUGAAGAUCCGUGCAGAUGCGCCCCAGGAGCACAGUGCCGAGUCACAAACCACGUGCCCAGAUGCUCAUGCCCUCCAGGCUACAUUGGCGACCCUUACACCACUUGCAAUGUGGAGCCAGUCUUGGCUCCGGCCCCUGAAUGUACCGUGGACGCUGACUGCUCCAGCAAACUGGCCUGCUUUAGCGGGGAGUGCAAAAACCCCUGCAAGGAGACCAAGCCGUGUGGCGCCAACAGCGAGUGCACAGUCGUUGACACCUUGCCCCUCAGAACCAUGGUGUGCAUUUGCCUACCUGGUUUUGUUGGAGACGCCGAUGUCGAGUGCAGACCUGCACCCAAAGAGGAGCCAGGCUGCAAGAGUGACAGUGAAUGCUCUUCAACUCAGACUUGUAUCAACAGGCAGUGUGUCAAUCCAUGCGCCGUUUCCAAUCCAUGCGCUCGUUCGGCUGAAUGCAAUCCUGAAAACCACCGCGCAAAUUGCAGAUGCCCUUCGGGAUUGCGAGGAGAUCCAUUCGUCAACUGCUACCAACAACCUCUCAGCGAACCUGAGUGCACAGUUGACUCUCAGUGCAGCACAAACAGAGCUUGCAUUGGACAAACCUGUCAAGAUCCCUGUGUGGUCAGCAACAGGUGUGGCAUUGAAGCUAUCUGUAGGACUGAACAACACAGAGCUGUCUGCCACUGCCCAGAUGGAUGGGGCGGCAAUCCGCAGUCCAGAUGCUACAAACCCGAGUGCAACAUUGACUCUGACUGUCCUUACGACCGCGCAUGCAUUGGCCAGAAGUGUGUCGACCCAUGCCGUGUAACAAACUGCGGAAGAGGUGCUGAAUGCAGAGUGCAAUCCCACCAGGCCCUCUGCUUCUGUCCUCAGGGAACUCAGGGUAACGCCUUGACCUCUUGCGUCGCUGUCCAGUGCCAGUACAAUGAAGACUGCGCUGACCAUGAGGCCUGCGACCGCUUGAACAGGGUCUGCCGACCAGUUUGCGAGGACGACACCUGCGCUCCUACUGCCCAGUGCAUUGGAAGAAUGCACCAGCCCUUGUGCCAAUGCCCAGCUGGUUCAGUUGGCGACCCGUACAGACAGUGCAAGAUCCGAGAGCCGGUGGCAACGCCAGAGUGCGAGCAGGAUGGUGACUGUCCUUCACAGCACGCAUGCAUCAACCAAAGGUGCCAGAAUCCUUGCAGAGUUGCACAACUCUGCUCGCAGGACCAGAAGUGCAGAGUGCAGGACACGCUGCCGCUCAGGACGGUUAUGUGCGAGUGUCCCCCAGACACAAUCACUGACCAGAAUGGAGUGUGCAGAACUAUUCUACCACCAACUACGCAGUGCCAGAUUGACAACGACUGUCCCAACCCUGACAAAUGUGUCAGAGGAAACUGCAUUGAGUCCUGCCGAGUCGAUCUCUGCGGCACCAACGCUGUUUGCACUUCACAAGAUCAUCGCUCCAUUUGCUCUUGCGCACCUGGUUACAUUGGAAAUCCUAACAUUGAAUGCACAAAUGAACCGAAAACACCACUGCCAUCACCGCCAGAGUGUGUUGUCAACGACGACUGCCCUUACCAGCGGUCUUGUCGCAACCAACUCUGCGUCAACCCUUGCGUUGCCGGAGAUGCUUGCGGAAGAGGCGCAUUCUGUCAUGUUGAAAAUCACAAUCCAGUCUGCAGGUGUCCUGCAGGAUUUGUUGGUAAUCCGAAGACCGAGUGCUUGCCUCCUCCUGUGGCAAUUGUUGGUUGCAAGGCCAAUUCCGAGUGUCCAGAGGUGGAGACCUGCGUGAACGGACGGUGCAUCGAUCCUUGCAAUUGUGGUCCGAACUCAGACUGCAAAGUUCAAAAUCACUUGGCCAUUUGCUCAUGCAAACCUGGAUACUCUGGAAACCCACUUUAUGGCUGCCAAAAGAUCGGCUGCCAGUCAGACAGUGAAUGCGCAGACAACCAACAGUGCUACAAUGGCGAGUGUCUGAACCCUUGCCUCCUGUCGAGCCCUUGCGCCCUGAACGCCGAGUGCUACGCCACCAACCAUAGAGCGGCCUGCAGGUGCUACCCUGGCUAUGAAGGAAAUCCGUUUGAUAGGUGCGAGCGUUCAGAAUGCCGCGUCAGUCCUGACUGCCCGAACAACAGGGCUUGCAUGGACAGACGUUGUGUUGACCCUUGCCUUGUCUACUCGGGAAGGGCGCCUUGCGCCAGCAACGCCAUCUGCUUUGCUCAAAACCACGCAGCCGGAUGCAGAUGCCCAGAACACCUGCCGAAGGGCGAUCCAUUUGCCUACUGCCAGGCCCUUCCAGUACCAGUCAAUGUGCCAGAGUGCACAGUUGACUCAGAUUGCGCCAGUGGCCUUGCCUGUCUGAACGAAAAAUGCAAGAACCCAUGCCGGGAAUUGACGCCCUGCUCUUCAACGGCCAGGUGUAUGGUUUUGGACUCGGUUCCGCUGAGGACGAUGACCUGCACUUGUCCCGAGGGAUGGGUGCCCAAUGCUGCGGGCGAAUGCAAACCUGUUUUGCUGCCAGUACCACCAGGCUGCACAGCAGACUCGGACUGUCCCACCACCGAGGCUUGCAUCAACAGGAUGUGUCGCAACCCUUGUGAUUGCGGAACAAACGCAAACUGCUUUGUGCAGAACCACCGUCCUGUUUGCUCUUGCCGAGAAGGAUUUGAAGGAAACCCCAACAUUGCUUGUCACACAGUUGGCUGCCGCAGCAAUUCCGAGUGUGAUUCUGGCAAGGCUUGCGUGAAUGGUAACUGCAUUGAUCCUUGUCUGGUGAACGACCCGUGCGGCGCCCAUGCCGAGUGCUACACUGCUGGCUACAGAGCCCAGUGUCGAUGCAGGAGUGGAUAUCGUGGUGACGCGUAUGUUGGCUGCCGAGUGGUUGGAUGCCGCAGCAACAACGACUGUCCCAUGGACAGGGCGUGCAUCGACACUCAGUGCGUCGAUCCUUGCAUUCACACCAGCAAUAACAGACCUGCUUGUGCUCCACUUGCAUCAUGCUUACCAAGAUCUCACGCUGCUAUGUGUCGCUGCCCACCUGGCUAUGAAGGAAAUCCUUAUGCCGGUGCUGGCUGCCGACCUGAGCCCAAACCCGAGUGUACCAGGGACGCCGACUGCCCAUCCACAUUUGCCUGCAUCAACGAACGUUGCGGCGACCCUUGUGCCGAGCACCGACCUUGCAACGCGCCUGCCAAGUGCACAGUUGUGCCUGACUCGCUGCCUGUCCGCACCAUGAUCUGCAAGUGUCCUGAUGGAUACGUCAGCAGCGGCAACGGCGCCUGCAAGGCUAUUCCGGCAGUCACGAAGGUUGGCUGCACAGCUGACACCGAGUGUCCGACGGACAAGGCGUGCAUCAAUGGUGUGUGCAGAGACCCCUGCAACUGUGGCGCAAAUGCCGAGUGCAGGAUUGCUGAACACAAACCUGUUUGCACGUGCAAGCUUGGAUUUGAGGGCAACCCAGAAAUCCAGUGUACUAGAGUUGGCUGCUUGAGUGAUGAUGAGUGCUCAGGAAAGGACUCGUGUGUCAACCAAAAUUGCGUGCCCGUCUGCAAAGCAACCAGCUGCGGCGACGGAGCUGUUUGCUAUGGAGUCAACCACAAGCCCAUCUGUGAAUGUCCUCCUGGCUUCAGCGGCAACCCUAAGGUGGCCUGUUCAGCCAUUGGCUGCCGUUCAGACUCUGACUGCCCUUCAGACAAGGCCUGCUACAACGCUCAGUGCCAAAAUCCGUGCGCCAUCGACGAUCCAUGUGACGCACCUGCCAUCUGCACUGUGUUCAACCACCUGCCUGACUGCCUUUGCCCGCCAGGAUAUAUUAGCAACAGGAAACUUGGAUGCGAGAAAAUUGAAACCGGCUGCAAGAGUGAUUCAGAUUGUCCCUCUCAGACAGCUUGCAUCAAUAAGGAGUGUGUCAACCCUUGCAAUGCAACAACACCAUGUGGCAUCAAUGCCGACUGCAAGGUGCUGGACACUAUACCAGUCAGAACAAUGACCUGCGAGUGCUUCCCAGGCUAUCAGGGAGACGCUUCUGUUGAAUGCAAGCCCAUACCAACAUGUCCUAUUGAGAAGGGCUUCAUCCGUGACCAGUCUGGCAACUGCAUCUGCCCACCUGGCUCAGGACUUGACCAAAACGGAGACUGCAUCAAUUGUCCUGCCGUCAAGGGAAUGAAGGUGGACGAACGAGGACGCUGCGUCUGCGACCUGGAGCGAGGCAUGAUUGUUGAUGAAAGGGGCAACUGCAUCUGCCCCAUUGACUUUGGCUAUAUCAUGGACAGGAGAGGUUACUGUGUUAAAACUGACCAGCCUCCUCCGCCCGAGUGCGUCGUUGACUCAGACUGCGCGGACAACAGGUACUGCGAACAGACGUCCAACACCUGUCAGGACCCUUGCGGCAUCAAGAGGUGCGGCAUCAACGCUCUGUGCAAUGCCACCAACCACAGAGCAAUUUGCCAGUGCAUUGCUGGAUACUCUGGAGACCCAGAAACACUUUGCAACAACACGUCGCAGUUCAGAACAGACUUCCCUCGGCCAGAAAUGGUUGUUAGUUGUCUGUCUGACGGAGUCCAGGUUGAGAUUCAUAUCACCGAGCGUGGCUUCAACGGCAUGCUUUAUGUCAAGGGUCACAGCAAGGACGAGAACUGCAGACGUUUUGUCACAUUAGACCAAGACACGUCAUCCAGACUUGAGAUCUUCAAGGUUCACUUUGGUAGCUGCGGACUUAUGCACCAAAAUGGAGAAGCAAGCUUUGUGCUUGUCAUCCAGAAGCAUCCAAAACUAGUGACCUACAAGGCUCAGGCUUAUCACAUCAAGUGCGUCUAUACGACUGGAGAACAAAAUGUGACACUUGGAUUCAACGUUUCCAUGCUGACCACUGCUGGCACCAUUGCUAACACUGGACCACCACCAACCUGCAUUAUGAAGAUUGUAGCUCAGAACGGCCGAGAAAUCAGUGCUGCGGAGAUUGGUGACAAUCUGGUUCUGCGAGUGGACGUUCAACCACAAAGCAUAUAUGGAGGAUUUGCCAGAAGUUGUAUAGCAAAAACCAUGGAGGACAAUGUAGAGAACGAGUACAUAGUGACGGAUGAGAAUGGAUGCGCCACAGAUCCAGCCAUUUUCGGCGAGUGGGAACACGCUGAUGACGGAACCGGACUGAUUGCCAGCUUCAACGCAUUCAAAUUCCCAAGCAGUGACAACAUCAGGUUCCAAUGUAACAUCAGAGUUUGCUUCGGCCGCUGCCAGCCUGUCAACUGUCAGGGAUACAAUGCCUUUGGCAGGAGAAGGCGUGAGGUUAGCGAGCCCAAGAACGACACUGCCGUCGCUGUCCAAGACACGUUCGAAGGACAACUUCGAGAGGAAAUCACAAUUCAGUCGAACGCGAUUCUGACCAUUGAGAGGAAGAAGGAGAGGCUUGUCGACCCAGGCGAUGGACCCAACGCCCCAGAGCGCUUGGAGGACAUUUGCGUCUCCAUGAUCGGAUUCAUCGUGGCCUUGAUCAUCACAGCCCUGUUGGCACUUGUGGCGGUCGCAAUUGCUGUGUCAUGCUGGCUCAUGGCAUACAGAAGAAGGCCGAAGGCAUCUGGCCCUCUGCCUCACCCGCCCGAGUUCCCCAACCCGCUGUUCACAACACCAGAGCCCGUGGCAGAACCUUCGCCUGAUUACCUCUCGUAAAUGAUAUGACAUACCAAUUAGAGACUCAAUUUUUAUACUCCGACUCACAAACAGAUAUUAAGAAAAGAACACAAUACUUAAGAAUUCAGAAAAUUAUAAGAAUCGUACAUGACUGAAAAUAGAGAAAUAGAAAAUAUGUUAUGAAGAAAUUUUAAAAGCAGAUGAAGAUAAAAUUGUUAUUGUGUUGUGAAUGAGUUUUUAUUAGUAAUGUUAAGAACCAAAAGCACAGCAGAGAUCGACAAGUGCAAUACUUUUUAUAACUUUUGUAACAUUUUUAAUAAAUAGAUCCUGCAAGUGCUUUUGCCAGUUCAUCUCCUCCGAUGGCUUAAACGAUUUUAGUUGUAUCAAUUUCAAGAAAAUCAGAUGGGAUAUUUGAAAGAAAAAAAAAUAAGUGUGCUGGUGGUGGCUAUCUGAGAAGUCUGUCGUUCUAAUAGCCCUCCGUAGAAAAUGACUAAAACGCACCACGUCCUGUCUUAUUUCUCAAGUCAAAUAAUGCUCUUUUAAAAAAUGUAUCAUGCCAUAACAA